AUGGAAAUUCAAUCAGGAAAUGGAGAAGGGGUGGUGAGCGCAGUGUCGGUGACCUCGGGCUGCGUUUCCUGGAGUCCCUGUGGGUCGCAGGUAGAGGCAUCUGACGAUCCGGUGAUCAGAGAGGACCUGCAGGCUGCGAAGAGGAUUGAGAGGUUUGACAUCCCACUCGAUAGCCUGAAGAGGAUGUUUGAGAAGCCUGCCGGGGCAAACACAGUAAGUCCUACCCACUGUGCAUUUUUAUUUUAUUUUAUUUUCCAGCGUGGAGUGUACUUUCUCUCCAGGUAAAAUGACUCUUACAUAACUGCCACGGUUUGCACUUUGUGCUAGAUGUGUCAGAGAGAUGGAUGGGUUUGAUGCAGCUUUCGUUUUCACAAAUCGAAGAAAAAAGCUCUUGCAACUUUCAAAGACACUUGGAAAUGUAAAGUCAGUGGUGGUUAUAAGACUGUGAGGUCAUUUGUCAGGCGAAGUAGCUCCUGUUUCCUGUUAAAAGCUCCAGUUUUCCCUGUGUAAUGACUGUUGAAGGUACAUCUCCCUCUCACACAGUAUAAAAUAUUGAUGAAAAAAGACUUUAUUCAGCUGAAGACAGAGCAGAUCCCUCCGGUCAAUCGUCUCCAAAAAGGAAAACCUUUGUCAGGAAGUUUAGCAUGUUAAUCAUUGUGUUGUCUUUGGAAAGAGAUUUAAGAACCAAGAAGAUCCGUUUCUAGGUUUUUCAAAGUAAAAUAUCGACAGCUUUUUAUUUAGAGCUAAAGACACAGUGUCCAUGAUUUUCAAUAAGUUAGCACAAACUUUUACAGGGGGUUUAGCAUGUUAACGAUUAAAAGAUUUGAGAACCAAGAAGAUCAGUUUCUAGAUCUUAAAAGUCAAAUAUUGGAGGUUUUUCUGUCUUUUUAGUGCGACAGAUACAGAUAUCCAAAAAGCUAGAAAAACAGAAAACCAAAGACAUAAGUUUCUGGGUCACAUCUUGGACCGUUUUCCACCCAGACUCUGAGAAUUGGUGCCUGGUAUUUUCUACAUGAUGUAGUUUUAACCCGUGUAAGGUUAAGUCUGUUUUUGAGGUGGUUUGGAGCCCAUGUGGUGAUUUCCUCUACAGUAGUGAUGGGCACUGCAGUUCUCUUAGAUGUACUGAAUCACUGGAAUCAGUUCACUAAAAAGAUUCGUUCAAAAGAUUCAUUCACCAAAUCACCGAAUCAUGUAGCGUUUGGAGGGAGAAGCCUGCAACUCCAACCUCCUGAACUGAUACACAGCUGAACGGUUCAGGAUUCAGUUCCUGGGACUGGAGGACACGAGUGUUUGUCUGUGUUGCUUUGGCAAACAGGUUUGUAAAAAUGAACUUGUUUAUAGGUCAUGAUGUUUUAAGUGUACUGUUCUUUGGUAUGCUAUUUAUCAGGUCUGCUUGGUAAAUGGGGCUCAGUGAGUGAUUCGUUCACUGACUGUUUAGAAGAAUUCAAACUGAACAUGAACCGUUCCCUCACAAACCGCUGCAAUGAUAGGAUGCUGCGGGUUUAAUGCACUAUUUGUUACAUGCUGUGUCCUAUAGUAAGCGAACUGUUGUGGUGGCAAUUUAGCUGUAAGUUAUAAAAAAAGGUAGUUUUGUCAGACAAAAAUGAUUCCAGAGAGUGUAGUUCAAUGCGUGAUUCGUUCACCAAGUGAUUCAGGUGUUGGUGCAUGCAGUCCCCCGUUCGCCGGCUGCUUGACUGGCGAUGCUGUUCCUCACUUCAGCUCAACUGAAGUGAGAAACGAAUGAAUCACUCAAGGAAGUGAUUCGGUUCAGUACGUUCACUGAAAUGAUUCGGUUCUUUUGAAUGAAUCGUUCGUGAACAGCACAACACUACACUACAGAGUCAUGCCUGUUUUCAUGCAGGCCACGUUGGGGCCUGAAGCUAACAACCAUCCAGAACUAGUUUUAGGCCUUAGCCUUUUUGCACAAAGAGGAGUCUUUUGUUGAUAUUCUACUUUAGAUUCAUUUUGCUCACGCAGUCUCUCACAUAGAGAGACUAAUAAGUCUUCAUUUUCCACUAAAAAUAUUUAACAUGUCCCGUUUUGGAAUUGGGGUGUCAAAUUUCCAUCCCUUUGUUGACUCUGGUGAACAUAAACGCGUACGGUUCAUGUCUGCUCGCUCAGGAGGAGGGUGGCAUUUCUCCGAGCUUCCUGGUUUUUCCACCCCAGCUGGCUUCUCCGAGAGGAAAAUCUAAGUCUGUUGGAAGUGAGGCAAGCCAUUAAAAGAAACCCUCCUGCUCACCAAAAGGCUGACGACAGGACAAAAAGGCCAGAAUGACCUACUUUUUAUCCCGCCAAAUGCGGUUGUGACAUCAGCCUAACCCUUUAAAAUGUUCCAGGGACAACGAACCCAGUGAAGGGGUCCAAACUCGCCAAAGGCCGGCGUUUCAUGGGGAAUGUAGUCUCCAGUGUGUGCCAGUGCUGGUCGAUGGCACAGAUACUCACCAGCUGCCUCUAUGCAGUGCCACUUGGUUGCUGAUAUCUGACACCCUGUUAUUUAAGAACUAUUUUGAGUAGCGUCAUGGUUAAGCAGGAUUUCAAAAAUAACCCUGUAAUUGGUAUGUCGGCUGCUGCUACUGCUGCUGCUGGAAGCAGAGAUAAGUUUCUCCAUCAGGCCGGAGACAGAAGAGAGGGACCCAUUAGAAUCACAUCACAUCUGGCUCCUGAGAUGAAAACACUCUUCUGAUUACUGUGGUUAAUGAUCCACAUCACUAAAGCCAAAAGUCACAGACAGCGUCUUUUGAGGGUUUUUUGUCGAUGGAGUGCAGCUGGUAAGGCUUAUAUAUCCUUUUUGUGUCCUUGAGCACAUGUGUUUGGGCUACUGUGGAGAUAAGAUGUCUGCUUCAGUCUUAUUGUGGCUGUCACCGACUGGAAGGCAUGUAUAAAACUGUCAUAUCGGUGAGAGGCCCAGUGUUCGAAUUUUGACAGCCUUUUUAUCAACAAAGGCUCAUUCAGACAUUUGUGGGCUUUUCGUUUUGGAAAGUUUGGCUUGAUCAGGAUUCAUAGGACUGUAAGAUCACAAAAAAUGGGUUCCAGUCUAUUUCAAGGGGUCGUUCAAAGAGAAAAGAAGUUUAAAAUGUUCUUCCUGUUAGUGUAAAAAUGUGUAGCUAUGUCCCCCUAUUGUCUGUUUUUGCCAUUUGUAGUUAACAAUCAUGCUAGCUAUGGGUAGAGUUGUUGAGCUGGGGAAAGGUCAUGUUCAUAGGAUGAGGGGGGUUGAAAAGCAAUUCACCUCAAGUGACGCCACGCACCUGUGCUAGACCCUGGUCUUAAGAAGUCCUUUUAAUCAAACUAGCACUCCACUAGAGUCUUCCUCAGCUCACUGAUAGAAGUGGCACCACCAGCAGCACCAAGGUCACUUUGUGUCCCAGCUUGUUUUGUGCAGAAAAAGGACCACAUAAAAAAUAUCAGUCUACCAGUCUAUCAGUCUAGUAUAUAAGUAAUCGGUGGUCAUUUUAUAACAAAAUUUAAGAUUAAAUAAAAACAAGAAAUAAAAUGAAAAAUUAGUAAUAAUAAGUAAAAAAUAUAUAUAAAUUUAAAAAAAAAUAAUAAUGAAAAUCAUAUGAAAUAAAUAAAAGACAUUUUUGAAAAAAAUCAGAUAAAAUAAUAAAAAAGUAAAAAUUAAAUCAAAAUCAAAUAGAAUAAAAGAAUAAAUGUAAAAUAAAUCAGAUGAAAUUAAAACAGUUAAAAUAAAAUAAAAUAAUAUUAAAAAAUAAAUAUAAAAUGUCAAAAAUAAAAAUAAGUAGAAAUGAAACAAAAAUCAUUAAAAGUAAAUGAAAAAUCUAAAAAUAAAAUAAAAAAGUAUUAAUUGAAAAAUGAAAUUAUUAUAAAUUAAAAGAACAAAUGUAAAACUGAAAAAAUCAAACAAGUAUAAUAAAAAUAAAAGAGUGAAUAUAAAAUAAAUCAGAUAAAAUUUUAAAAAGUAAAAAUAAAAUAACUAAAUAAAAAGGAAUAAAUAUAAAAUGGCAAAAAUGAAAAUAAGUAAAAAUAAAACAAAAAUCUUAGAAAAAAUAAAAGGAAAAAAGUUUUAAUUGAAAAAUAAAAAAAAUUAAAAUAAAAGAACAAAUGUAAAAUAUAUAAAAAAAUAAAAUAAAAUAAAAUAUGAAACAAUAAAGUUACGAGAAGACAUCCCAGAAGAACUCCAGUUUAAUUGGUGAUGAGUGCAUAAUUGUUCUGCAUCUGCUGUAAAUUUCAAUAACUUGUUGCUGACCUUUAACAACACUAACAUUAUGAGAGAUUUGAGACUAGUGGUGAGCUUGCAGCUUGUUUUUACUGCCUCCCAGUGGCCAAAGACAUAAUCAAUCUAAGAACUGAACCAACAGAUUUGAUGAUAUAGGAUUGAAGCAAACAGACAUGCCAUACUGUUUAUCAUUGCCUUCUUGAUCAAUAAAUACUGAAUUUACCAAACUGAUGCCUCUACCAGCUGGAUGGAUCAAUAUUAGUGGGCUGAGACAACCACGACAAACCAUUUUCUGGGGAUGAAGCAGUUUUCAGAGCUGACAGGACCAGGACUCAGGAGGAUAACAGUUUAGAGGGAUAAACAUUGACUGUCAGAUUGAAAUUGAAAAUUCUCUCCAAGUCUAACUUUGUGCCUCUUUAUCAACAUUACAUUGUCUCCUCAGCCACAGUGCUAUCCUUCAUGGGUGCUUUGACUCGAAUAUAAACACAUGUCACUGUGAGGCCUUUGCUAAAAUGACUGAUGCUGUUGUUUCCACUGAGAGCACAGUCCCUGUCCGCUGCUGCUGUUUGCGUCACAUCUUGAUAUGAUUAAGUCCACAUUUGACUUGAAAAUAUCAGCACCAGGUUUACUUAAGAUAGUCAGCCUCCUCAUCGCUUCUUGAAUCCUUUUGGGAAGCAUUUUCCUGAUGGCUUAUUACAGUUAAUCAACUCCACUUCUCAACAAUUACUUCCAUCUGAUUUGUUUUCCUCUACCUACAAAUUGAGCCUUCAGUUUUUCACCCAGAGGGGGGUAAAAGGGAUCAUUUCUCUGCACGCUUUUGAGGAUUACAUGUCAUACAGCUGGUGCGUACACGCCGGCUUUGUAACCCAUGCUGUAUCUUGGCGUUGCGUCACGAGUGUGCCAUUUUUUCCCCUUUAAAAAAAGCAGCGUGUAGUCAGUGUAAAUGGAGCGUGUGGGCAGUGUUCCCAGAUUUCCCAAAGAGAGGACAGGACCUGAGCUUUCUUUACAGCCGGCUGCUUAUAAAACAUGACCUCGUCCCCGGCUCAUCUGUGAUGCUGAGCUUAAUAUUUGAUGAUGCACUGUAUUUUUCUUCCCCUGCCCCAUUUCAUUUAUUUAAACGCUGUCAUUGGACAGGUAGCCAUAACAAUGACUGAUAGAUUCCCAGGUGGUCGCUCAGUCAGGGCCAAGAUCCUCAGCAGAGAGGCAGGCUGCAGCAGGAGGGACGGGACUGCUCUGCAGCGAGCGCAAAGAGCGUUUUUUUUUUCUUCCUUAUUUUUAUUCCCUCUCUCUGUGCAGUGCAGCAGGAGGGGUAAAUCCUCGAGGGACGCUGCCUGGUGUUUACGACAUCUGUCUGACCUCCUGGUCAUGACUGCUCACACAGGGACUGACACACACACAUACACACACACUCUGAUGCACAUGCAUGAGACAGAUGAGGUGAUCUGAGAUGCACUCCUGCUCAAGCUGUUCGGUAAUCUACAUGCAAAUAUGAUUUUUUUUUUUUUUAGAAGCUUUCCAUCGCUCUGCACUUGCUCAUUAAAAUGUUUGGACUUAAUUUAAGGGUUACAUAACUCAACUGUUUCUAAUACUUAUGACCUCACUUGGCGACCAUCCACAUUGUAACGGCGGCUGUCUGCCAGUGGGUGGCAGUGUAGCAUCUGUGAGACUGACAGAGAAAGCUGAUGUGAGGAACCAGCCAAAGUUUAUGAGAAUGAGGAUAAAUGAGGUCCUCUUAAUGGAGAGUUUAUCACGCUGAGACAAUAACUAAUCACCUGGUGUUAAUUGGAGUUAAUGCCAAAUUCCUGGAGGUGUCUGAAAAUGGCUUCACCCCUCUUUUCUGAAGCUGUCAGAUUUAUAGGAUUUGCGUAAUUGGGGGGGAAUAUCUAAUCCUGAUGUGUUGGGUAAAUUUAAGAUGACAUAAAAGAGUUUAAAAGGAUUUCAUACCUCCGGGGUAGAGCUCUUCACGCCGGGUUAACAGGAUAACAUGGUGAAGUGUCGAAAGGGGAAGUUUGCUCAGGAGGACUCGUGUGCUCGCUGACUCCGACUGAGGUGUCGACAUAAAUUCAGACAGUGGCACAAGAGGUCUGGAAUGUCGCCUUGGUUUAUUUUCAUGGCUGUAUCGUCACUGUCACCGAGUCAGUCUUGUGGUUUCAGGCGUCUGUCAGAACCAGCUGAAGAGAUAUUUGUCUUUUUCUUCAAGGGGAAAUAUUUCCAAUACCUGACCUAAAUCUCUUGGUCUAAAUCAGUGCAUGAGACAACAAUCAUGGGGGGGUCAAGAAGACAGUCACAGACACCCUUAAAGGGAUAUUCCGGCGUAAAACUAAUUUGGGGUCAAACACACACAUUAGACACCCCCUUGAGAGAUAAAUGUUGCCAACUGCUUUCUUCUCUAGUUUUACAAACUUAAGUAACGACCGCAGGAUAGCAAUACACAGCAGUCUGAGGAGCCAUGAACAAACCUCAACCAAAACGCCACUCUAUAGCCGCAAAUAAUGCUCAGAACAGCACCUAACUUCAUCAACAGGACAUAUAGGGUCCCAGCCAUAGUACUAGCCACCGAACAUCUUUUCAGCUUUGCCUGAUUUCUUUCGCAAAGAGACUAAACACAACUCACCUACUCUCUUCCAGCAGCCGCUUGUUUGUAGCGAGACCUCAGGCCAGCCCAUUACAGACUGCAGCGGGGUGACGCAGCUCAAGGAACAACAUUUAUGAUCAUUUCUUUAUCAUUUCCUUGAAGUAAUAAUCACCAUAUUAAUCAUUUUGCUCUGCAGACACAGAAGUUCUUCCGUCUUGGCGUCUCGGUCUGAUUGUAUUUCCAUGAAGAAAUGAUCAUAAAUGUUCUUCCUUGAGCUGUGUCACCCCGCUGUAGUCUGUAAUGGACUGGCCCAAGGUCUCGCUACAAACAAGCGGCUGCUGGAAGAGAGUAGGUGAGUUGUGUAAAGUCUCUUUGCUAAAGAAAUUAGGCAAAGCUAAAAAUAUGUUUGGUGGCUUGGACCCUAUAUGUCCUGUUGAUGAAGUUAGGUGCUGUUCUGAGCAUUAUUUGUGUCUAUACAGUGGCGUUUUGGUUGAGGUUUGUUUAUGGCUCCUCAGACCGCUGUGUAUUGCUAUCAUGCGGCCAUUUCUAAAGUUGGUGUAACUAGAGAAGCAAGCGGUCGGCAACAUUUAUCUCUCGAGGGGGUGUCUAACCCAAUGUUACAGUGUGUUUGACCCUAAAUUAAUUUUACACCGGAAUAACCCUUUAACAAAGAGUUUAAGCCGCAGAAGCUCAUUUUUGUUUGGAAAUUAAAGUCCAGAAGUCAAGAGAGGUGCAGAAUCUGGUCCGAUGUGUUCAAUCAGGUCAAAACAGUCAUCAUUGAGGAGAUUUUUGAGCUUGAGGAACCUUUUUAUAAAAACAUGGCACCUGCCUACAGUGCCAAAACACCCAGAAUCUGGUUUGCUAACAACUGUGCUUGAAUGGUGAGCCAUCUUGCCUGAAUAGAAGUACAAAUUCAAGUUUACAGAUAUUCACCGGCACAUGGAUCACUGCAUUAGUCCCGUCUAUAUAGCAGCUCUCUUCUGUAGCGCUUAAUAAAGAGUGGCGUCUUGUGUCGAAUCACACACUCAUAGAUAGUUUCCCUCCCUCUAAAAAUCAAUCAAUAUGCACCACCACCGCUCCCAAACGCACUUAAUUAAAUGUUAAGUAAACUAAAAGCUACAAUGUGCCCGCAAGAAAUUGAUCUGGACUUGAUGAGGACACCGGCGUCCCCUACGUCAAGUCCACUGAGCUCGUAAAAAUUCCAUUAACUUCUACCAGGCAUCUCUUUGGUCUCAGUUUCACAGAUUCAAAUCUUUUAAUGGAGCUGGCAGCCGAGCCACGCCUGAGUGUGCGUUUGUGAGAGUAUGUGUGUGAUUCAUCGCCGGCGUGUCGUGUGUUGACGACUUGUUGCUCGCAGCGUUUGGCUCUGAGGAUAGUUGCAUUGUUACGACCUGUGCCAAACACAGCCCUGAACUUCACUGCUUCAUUUGCAUAGCUCAGGCUCAUUUGCCUACCUGGCGUGUCUUUUGUGUUUGUGGAUUUGGCGGGUUGAAACCUUCACAAAGUCUCCCUCUUGCUGUCUGCAGUCUUUCUUUCUCUCCUAGCUUGAUAACGAAUGCAUACCUCCGAGCGCUUUUCCAUACAAAUUGCAGUGUGACUCAGAUUGUCUCCACUCUAACACACUUUGACACACAGUGCCACGAUAGCAUAUGUGUUCAAUAAUUAGCCAAAGACCUCAAGGCUCAUUUUCCCCACUCAUUUAUUUAUGAUGGCGCUGUGUCAUUAGCGGGGCAGCAACACACUAUAACUCAUCUCUACCAGUCAAAGCGAAAAGACAGAUCAGAUUUACAAUGCAAAUCUUUCUGGCUGAAGCCGAACUUUGAAUUUUACAACAGGACAGAGUAAAGAGCGAGCAGGUACUCUGAGAUAAACACAACUACUGUUAGACAAACCCUUUGGUAUCAGCAGUGUUGGGUAGCAACGCGUUAAAAUAAGUUCCUUUUGAUGAGAUUUUACAACGACACACAGUAACCAAAACAUUUUAAUGAUUAAUAAAGUUUAAUUCAAUUGGAAAAACAAAGCACUUGUCACCCUCUAGCGUCAAACGUAACUAGAAAAGACCUCCACCAAGCAGCUCAUGUCCCCCCUUAUAUUGAGAUUCACACCAAAACUUUUACUGUUACGUGUCUUUUAUGAACUUUUAUUUGUGUUUAAACUGGUAUGUUCACUGUUCAUAAUGUUCCUAAAACAAGAAACACCCUGGUCGGGAUUCAAACCCAGGAUCUUCUGGUUGUGAGGUGACAGUGCUAACCACUACACCACUGUACCGCCUAUCUACACCACUGUGCUGCCCAUUGGUUAUCUUUCAGCAUUGAAAAUUCCAACGACACCCUUAUUUUUGUGUGUUCUGGAUCACAGUAUCCGGAAUUUUGUCCGGAUCACCACCAAAAUUUAAUGGGAUCCUCUUGGGGCUGAGACGCACCUCUGGUGAAAAUUUCAGGUCAAUCCGUCUGUAACUUUCUCCGUAAAGUUGCUAACAGACAAACCGAAAACAUAACCUCCUUGGCAGAGGUAAUUAAACAUGGGCAGUAAAGAGGACUAGACAGGUCGGGGCACGGCAUGAUGGCGAGCGAGAUGGAUGGAUCCAUUUUGCACGUUUUGCCGACAUCUAGAUUUUGUCUUCAGAUGACGUCCAAAUUCUAGACUUCAGAAUGACGUCCAAAAAAGGUCCAAUCUGGAUAUCAAAAUUUCUAACCCAUUUUGCACGUCGCACUGACCUCUAGACGUGGUCUUUUACGGACAGACCCAAUACUGACUUGAUCUGCACGUGUCUUUGGCGUCCGAUGUGUGGUGAGAUUACUUUUUGGUUUAAGUAACUAAGUUGCUAACUGAGUUACUUUCUUUACAAAGUAACGAGAAACUGUAACUAAUUACUAUUAUUCAGUAACUAGCUCAACACUGGGAACCAGACACGGAGUUCCUCAGGGGUCUAUUCUCGGUCCAUUUGUCUUUUCAAGCGAGUAAUCUCUGUCAGUUCAUCUCAACAUGAGCUCACUGAGUCUCCAAGUAGAUGGAAGAUAAACGCACCAUUUAUUUAUACUGAGGGAAGUUCAUCCACAGGGGAGCAUGAAUGUGCAAAUGUCACGGCCAUUACUGCAAUAAUAACUGCAGAGACAUUUCAGUCAGGUACAAAGUGACCCGUGAAUGUUCAGGUGACAUGUGGUGUCAUGUACAACCCGGUAUGCCAAGGUGAUGUGCAGCCGGUCCACAUGCAUGAGCUUGUAUUACACAUUUGCACAUUUAUAGACUUAAAUCCUCAGAAUAUCAACCAGGCAUGCGGUGUGUCAGCCGAUGUCAGCUCCCAGCUUCGGCGUAUAUUUGGAGAGGAUGAAAAAAGAACCGGAUCCCGAGCCACUUUGGAGUCGUCGUGUAUAAAUAGUAGUGCCUGGUGAUGUUGGCAUUGCUCAGUGAACAUUAAGAGAGCUCCGAGCCUGAUGAAAGAGACUGAAAUAUGAUUUACAUUCAGCCAGCACAGAGCCGCAUUGUGAAAGAGAGGACUGAGAAAGUAGAUGGGAGGAGAAGGCAGGGAGUGAGGAAGAUGAAGAUUGAUGGAGGCUCAGAGUGAAUCAGCAGAGGCAUUAGGAGGGAGAAAAUCAAAAUGAAGAGCGAGUUCAUAUUUCAGCAGGUAAAGCAGGUCAGAGCCUGAUUAACAAAUUAUAUUCAUGUUUCAGUAAUGAUUAGCUUCAUCAGGCACCACUUCACGGCUCCACGAUCUCUCACGCUGACAUCCUCUUUCACCCUUUUCUCAAUUUUCUUCUUUCCCACAACUUUCCCUCCCUGGAGAUGAGCACAUGUCUGUCGGGUUUCGGUGCCGGUUAAAAGCGCUGAUAAUCAGGGGAGGAGGCCCUGAAUGCAGAAUGAGGAGAUCUGCCAGAAGCCAAAAGAUACAGAUUCUAAGUAUAUCCUCUUUGAUCCUAUACGGAGUAACUACAUCAGUGUGACGAUACGAACAGAUUUACAUGUACGCCGCUCGCAUAAAUUAUCUUAAACUUCCAUGAUUGUUUCAAAGUGAAGAUGGUCGGGAAAGGCGCUCUGCUCACUUCCAUCUUCAUAGAGAUAUAUUGUUCAUCCUUACAUGCACUAACCAGUCUGAAAAGUCGACACUAUCCCUCUUUUUCCAGUCUGCUUUAAUGCCCGCAUUUGUUUUUCAGCAGCUAAUACACUCAGGGAAGCUUCUUCAAAAAAUCAGCGCACGUCGGUCAAGCUUUCGUUUAUCUCCCGCUCACCAGAUCUGGGUCAAGUUUGUCAUUUGCAAAUGGAGCCAGUUGGGCAAAAACUAAAUUACUAUCCUUUUCUUUAAUGGCCUCCAACCCCGGAGUGUCCCAGAGCAAGUCGCUUAACCCUGCAGAGAUGAGGUGUCAAGUGAGGAGAAAGUUGAUGGAAACUGUGGGGGUUUAAGCGCCAGAUCCACGCCAUUGAAAAACCCUGUUUCUUCUUGAUAAUAACACAUGAUAAUAACAUGAUAUGAUACAUGCUCUAUAAGCUUAUUUUCAUGUCUAGCUCUGGAGUUGCGACUAUUUUCUGCUCCAGACUCCUUCAAGUAUCCUCAGCUGGAGUCUCCCCUUGUGAAAAUUGGAAAUAAACAUCCGUAUAUCUUCUCCAGGCGAACCGGACAACCCCUGGCUUUAGCAAAGCUCUCCCAUGACGAGUGCUUGUAAGGCUAAAAAUAGCAGCAGGUUUAGUCACAACCUCCAGCUGCUCCGGUGAAGCUGAACAGUGACCAGCAGCGGACAGCUGUGUUUAUAGGACUGACUCUGCAGGGUCCAGUUAUGGCUGCCAGUUUGGGGAAAUGUCACGAAGAAGCAACAAAAAUACUCAUAUUUCAAUGUCAAAUGUUCAUGACAUCGACUUUAACCCAUCCUGUGACUCUGCACGCUCGGCUGGUCGCAAAGCUGCAGACGAAGAGGAAGGAAAUCCAAACUAGAGGUACAAACUGAGCAUGAGCAGAAAGCUGCAGUUCUCCGAGUGUCCACUAGAGGCAGGCUUUUACAGCAGAAUUAAAUAUGUUGAGUAACAAGAAAUGCAGCAGCUGAAACAAGUUAGUGAUCUUGCGUGCGAAUAAUUCAUCUUGUGAAAACUAUUUAGUUGAAUAAGAACUUGAUCCUAGAAGAUCAUAUCAUGAGCAAACAAGAUAACAUCAAUUAACUUAUUCCUACAAGGUAUUAUACAUAUUUAUACCGCAUUCAAGACAUUUAUCCAUGUUAACUUGUUUAUUAUCUUGCGAGCACUAACAUUCUCUUGUGCGGACAGGAUAAUUCUUCUCCGUCCUACCUAAUUUUCUUGUGCACACAAGAUUAAAAUUUGAUCCUGCAUGAUAAUAGCUUGUUCACACAGGAAAAAAACAAAUUUCCUCAAGAUAUUUUUUUGCACAAGAUAAUGGCAUUCUCUCACAAGAUAGUCAUAUUGCACACAAGACACUAUCUUGCUAGAACAGGGCUAUAUUUUGAGUGGAAAGAAUUUUUUGGGGGGGAGUGAAAAACUUAGUAAAAGUGCAUGUGAGAUAAAAGUUUGUACUUACAAGAUUAUAUCUUGCACAAACAAGAUUACUCAGGCCACCUUAUUUCCACAAGAAAGUAUAUCAUCUGCUCAAGAUCACUAUUUCGCAAGAUAGUUAUAUCGCACUUCAUAUCGCACAUGAAACAUUUAGAACAGCUCGAUAAUCUUGUACACACAAGAUAAUUGCUACAAUAAAAUCAACCUUGUGGGAACAGAUUUUUUUAUCUUGUGUAGACAAGAUACAUUCCUGUGGAAAUAUUUCAUAUUGUCAACGCAAGAUGGAAACAUGUUCAGACAAAAUAUCUAAAUACAUAUAUGCACUUAAUGUAAUUAUCAUGCAGAAACUAGUGAUUAUCUUGUGUGAACAAGAUGAUAUAUUGCAGAAAUGAGAAUUAAUUUGGGUAUACAAGCAACUCUCUCUUCUGAAUAAUUCAUUAUCUAGUGCAUGCAAGAUAGGAUCAUGAUUUAACAAGUUGCUAACUCAUGUGCACAAGAUAUUUUGUCUGAACAUGUUUCCAUCUUGCGUUGACAUUAUUUCAUCAUGUUGUCAACACAAGAUGUUCAGAUAAAAUAUCUGGGCACAUGGGUUAGCAACUUGUUUAAUCAUGAUCCUAUCUUGUGUGCGCUAGAUAAUAACUUAUUUAAGAAAGAUUUGCUUGUUUACCCAAGUUAACGAUCUCAUUUCUGCAACAUAUCAUCUUGUUCGCACAUGAUGAUGACUUGUAUCAUCUUGUGUGCGCAAGAUAAGUAUCUUGUUGGAACAAAUUAUUCUCUAGUGCCAGCUCGUGCUUACAACGAUAACCACUGUGUGAUAAAAUAAACUUUUCUGUCAUAUCAACAUUCGUGUACAAGAAAAUGAUCUCAUUUUUUGCAAGAUACAUGUAUGUUGCGCAUCUUGUCCAUGUUUUUACCUUCCACCAGGUAAGGUAAAGAAAAGGUUCAAGAGAAUAAAUAAUGAAAUGCAUAAACCACCGCAGUGUUCAUCACGCCGCCACUGCAGCAGGGUUUUGACAGGACAAAACCACAAAUACAGCAGAGGGAAAACUCUGACUAAAUGUUGCAUCAUGUACCCAAAACAAUCCUCUUUCACCCACACGGCAGGAGAAAAAACCAAACAUGACCCCGCUUUAUGUGUUUCAAAGAAACCUGCGAGGGAGGGAAACAAAACACGAGCCCGUGACCACAGCAGCCGUACAAGCGCCUUCAGCUCAUCCAUCAUGACAGGACAACCUCAGUAUGGAAAUAUCCCAUCUGUUGCAGCUCUGUUUGUCUGUCACCAUAAACGUGAAUCAUAUAUCCUCGCGGCUUUGUCCCGGCUCCCUCGUAAAUCUGCCGCUUCUUUUCUUGUUUUUUUUUUGUUCAUUUCCUCAGCCUGUCUCUCAAAGUCUGUCUCUGUAGCUGCUGUCCGCCUCCCAGCUCUUCACUGUGACUCUGUUUGGUUGUUUGGCCUUCAGUUAAUCCUCCCUGUCCCAGCUGGCCUCAGUUGAAAAACUCAAAUCACUGUUACAAAGCACCACCUCCCACUCCUCUACCUCCCUGUCAUUCUCUUUCAGCUAUUCAUCAGGUUUGUUUUUUCCUAUGUGGCUUUUCUAAAAACCCUCUGCAUCGCCUUUCUUUCUCCGUCUGUUCUUGUUUUUCUCUUUCUUUCUUUCUUCUCACCCAGAUUAUAUUUUACUCUGAAACUUCCUUCCUGGCCUCUGGCUUGUCUCUCUCUUUCUCCUCCCUCUCAGUUUCUGGACCGUGUCUCUUUUGUGCUUAUGUUUGCCCACGAGUGCUUGAAAUAUUGAUGCGUCUCUGUUUGUUCGUAAUGAGGGCAGAAUUGGAAACAAAGACUAGGUCCAUACUUUUGCUGCACUGCAAAAAAAAAAACAGAAGAAGAAGAAGAAGGAGGCUUUUGGCGCUGAAAGUGGGCGCGUGGAAAAAAAGACACCUCCAAAGAGCAGAAGGAGAGGGAGGGUGAGUGUUAGAAAGGAAGAUAUAAAAGCUGGAGUGACCUUAAACUGACAAGCGCACUCUGCUGCAGUGACAGAAAGAAAAAGCGAUUAGCCUUGAGAUCUGAAUUCACAUUUUCUCUCUAUGGAUCUCUGCUGAAUUUGCCCAUGCUUUAGUAAAACAGCGCACCACUUGAACAUUGCGCAACAUCUCCACGACGACUCUGCUGGUGUUGUUUGACCUGAAAAUAAAGAGUAAAGUGCCCCUUUCGAAUGCUUCACAAGUCGAGACUGCUCAUCUUCUCCACGAUGUCCCUGAUUAAAACAGAUCUGUACGCAUCUUUCGACAAUCUGCCGCUGAUUGAAGAGCUUCUCAGAACACGGAUGGCGAGGGGAAUGAAAGGCUUGAGCGCGCUGAUUUGCAUCCUUUAAUAGUGGAAACAUACCGAAGCUUGAUGCUGCGACGUCCUCAUCAAAAACCUGUUUUGAUUUUUAAGUUGUCAAACAAUGCUGUGGCUUCUGGUGUGUCACAUCAACACGCGAGGCACGUGCUCGCAUCUGCAUAGUCCAUACUGAGCUUUGAAGUAGGACAGUCUGCCUGAUCAGGUCAUUUUGAUCAUGUCCAGUCAAUCCUUGUAAAUGUCCACUUUUCAGGAGUUUCUCUUGAGUUGCUUUCUUGAAAUCUAAAGUUUAUUUUCAUGCACAAGUUUGUCAUGAUUCCUGCUCUCUGCUAAGUCGUGCUCUGCUAGCUUUUGGAUUUUUGAUGCAGCAGCACUUUUAAGGAGUUUUACUGUUGUUUCUUUUUCUACUUAUUGAAUUUAUUAUCAUCCUCAGGUCUGUUGCAAUCCCCACAUCCCAGCGUAGUGCUCUGCUGGCUUCUGAGAUACCACACACGAUGACCCAGUGGUCCCUGAUUAAUGUAACAGCACUUCUCAGGAGUUUCACUUUAGUUUAGGGUGACCAUACGUCCUCUCUUACCUGGACAUGUCCUCUCUUCUUGAGGCUGUCUGGGCUGUCCGGCCUUGUCCAGCUUUGUCCAGGGAGGUUAAUAAAAGCGCGUAAAAGACACUUGGUCCGACCCGAAAAACUCUCAAAAUUAACUUUGUGCGAUUCUAUGACUCUGUCUUUUCAUCUUUUUGGGAAGUCAGAAUAUGGUCACCCAGCUUUAGUUCCUCUCUCUUGUUUUUCAGUUUAUUUCUAUUCUCAGGUUAGUUGAGAUCUGCACAUUUCAAAGUAGCCAAAAUGUUGAUGAUUGAUGAUCCUGAUUGAUGUGGCAACACUUUCAGGAGUUUCACUUUAGUUCAGGGUGACCAUACGUCCUCUCUUACCCGGACAUGUCCUCUCUUCUGGGGGCUGUCUGGGCUGACCUGUCCUCACAUGUCCGCGGUUUUGUACAGAAGUUUUGAGUUUGCGUCGCAUGGCCACACUGAGUUAGAAGCGCAUUAAAGACACUUGAGCCGACCUGAAAAACUCUCAAAAUUAACUUUAUGCGAUUCCGUGACUCGGUCUCUCUCUGGUUUUUCAGUUUAUUUAUUUUCUUAGGUUAGUUGAGAUCUGCACACUCAAAAACAGCCAAAAUAUUUGCUAGAUGAUGUUUCACUUAAGUUACUAUUUUAACUUGUUGAGUUUAUUAUCGUCCACAGGUCUGUUGUAACACCCAAACUCCAAAAGUUGUGCUCUCCUGGCUUUUGUGAUGAUCGGUUGCGGCUUAAACUCAAGCCUAUUUUCAGUCCAUCGAUUUCACUACAGUGUGCAAAUUAAAAAAGUUAAUGUGUUCAUAACAAAGCACUGAAAAUAGCCUCUGGCAAAUGAACCAAUAAAAGCCGAGUUUUGGUCGCGCUCCUGGUGAAAAUUAAACAACCUCAUUGAUUUAUAGUUUUAAUUGUCCCUAAAACUUAUCCCGUGUGUUUUUGCCCAAACUGCACCAGAGAAACUUUGUAAUUUGACCAAAAAUGUUGUCUUCAAAUCAGCCGAAUCUUUGCCAAGGACUUUCUGUUUUCACCACAUGCACUUCUCAGAGUCGUUUCACCAUGCGAGCUGAUGCAGAUCUGAUGGUGUAUUUUUAGCAGUGCUCGCAGCCUGGCUCCAGGGAUGGUCGAUGCUGGUCUGUCGGUUUCUUUGGCUCACCUCUUCAGUCCGGUCUGAAAUUUCUCAGCAUCUGCUCAGUGUUCUGGCACAGAACUUGGUACAAUUUUUAUUUUAUCAUUGUCAAAAGAUUCUGCCCGGUGAUUUUUGUGUCCCUCGGGGUUUUAUGGUCACAAAAACGAGAGUUGUUAUGUCUGUCAUCCAGGGCACAAACUAAAAAUGUCUCAGCUUUAUCACUGGGGGUGUAAAAACUGAUCCCUGCUCUGUCGGAAUUCGAGAGGGCUCAUUAUUUAUCCAACAUAUACCUUUAUUCAGAAUCACGGUGCGUACAGUAGGGGGCUUGAGACCUCUGAGUGACUCAGACGAAAGCUGGUUUUUGAACCAGGCUGUAAAUAUGGACAUAUUUGGCUUACACCCAAUUUCCACCGCAUCCAGAACGGCUACAAAAAGGCCGUUUCUGCCGAUCGUAGCUGACUGUAACCAUUCAAGUUAGCGUGUCAAUUUCCACCGACUUCUUGCCAUUCCACUGCAAUCGCCAGACUUCACAGCUGAUCGUGAGAGUUCUAUUUUUCCCUGAUGCCGUAGCAUGCCGGAUAAAUUCAGCACAGAUUAACCCGUGCUGGAAAGGAAGUUGGGCAGAGACACAAAAUAAAACAUUCAGCUUAUUUUUAAAAUAAAACACUGUGUUUCAGGCGGAUCGUGUUUCACACCAUGCAAACGGGCGGAGACGAAAAAGUGAAGGGUUUUGAGGCAGCAUUUUAACCCAAGACACCAUGGAUGAGGAGAUGCGUAAUUUAGAAGUCUAGAAGUAGAUUUCCUCCUCUCGAAGGACACAAUCUACUGCUUAUAUGGUUAGCCUCUGUGGUUAAGAGACAUCUAGUCAUCGCGCAAUUGCACGUGAAUCCGUGGGUUCUUGUGACUUCUCGCGAUUACCGCUGUCCGUAGUCAGCUACCAAAAUCGUCUCACAAACGGAUCCAGUAGGAAUAGGCGUACAACAAAAAUCGCUGCCCUUCCCGAUCGGAGCCGUUCUAGAUGUGGUGAAAAGUCCCGGGUUAGACCGUGUGGUUCCCAGGGCUUCAAGGAGAACUUUUCAGCACCUUCUGCUUGUUGACACUGUGGCAAAAACGUUACUCUACGCCCAGUCAUCUCAGUUUGGGAAAAGUGGUGCGAGACAACGUCCUGCAAUCCAGGCUACUAUCUUAGUAAGUUAUGCUGCGUUCCAGUUGUAUUUAGAAGUUGGAAUUUCCAAGCUCCAAGUCGGAAACUCAUCUAGAAUGCCCCCCCCCCCCCCCCCCCCAAAGUCCACUUCCUGGAACCGGCAUUUGCGUGGUAGCGUUCAGCAGGAGAGUCUCGGUGAUGGCGCUCUCCUGUAACAUGAUGAUCUAUGCAAUCUUGGUACGCCCAUAGGCUGUAUCAAGUGUCAAUCAUUGAAAACAUGAACCCCUUAAUGACUUUAAAAAAUGGAGCUGUACAGAAAAAACGAGGACUUGAUCACAAACCAGUCUAUAUACAGUCUAUGAUGAUGACCAUGACAGUUGUCACUAUGGUGACGAUGGUUAUCAUGGUAUUGAGAAGUGCUCUCAGUAACCUGAUCCUGAUUCUGUCAUAGUGUUUCUAUUGUAUUCUAUUUCUAUGUCUAAUAAGCCUCACUGAUAAAAGCCUUAAAAAAGACCAUGUGCAGGUAAGUUUUGAGAAAGAAAAUAAUUGUGAAGGCGACCUUAAUAUAGACUUCUUUUGGCGUUGGCAUGUGACUCCUUUUUUUUAACCUCAACAUUGUUAAAUUAGCAAAGGAGCCGCAGUGGGAGGUUGAGAGAAGCAGCACAAAGACAGCACACAGGAACCGAACCCCAUGCUCUCUCUCUUUCUCUCUCUUUCUGUACUCCAUACCAUCAAAAAACAUCCUGCCGCUUGAAUCUCUUCGCCUGAAGUUAUGAGUUGUAAAGUUCCUGUGGUGAAAAAGGUCACAGAGAUGGUUCAAAGUGGGUCACGCUGUCUGCUUGCCAAGUCAGAGAGUACAAAAAGAGUUUCAGGAACAAAACAAAUGAAUAUUCUGAUUUAACUAACGGUGUGAAGUUCAUCCCGGAUGUGUGUUGAAUCUGUAUCUUAGGGUCCAAAGCUUAAAUAUUCAAAAAGUUACACAAGUUUUCCCAAACUGCAGAGAUGGAGCAAGAGUGCAGAGGCAUCCGCAGUGUCAGGAAUCCAGUGGGGAAUGAAAGAAAGUUAUUCAGCACAUAAGGUUUAGUGAAGGUCAGGGCUUCUUCCUGCGAAGAUUAAAACAGCUGGAUAAUGUAUUCUGCGGCAGGGUGGUAGAAUAAACCUGAUGGCAUGACUUGUUGUUUUGGCUUGGAGACAAAAAAAAAAUACGUUUGUUCAUCUUCUUAAAGUUUGACCCAUAUCCCAUCUGUUUACAUGGAGGAACCUGCCUUUACAAUCAACCUCUUUCCAGCUGCACUGUGCGAAAAAAGCCAAAAUAUUAGACGCUCAUUCACAACAUUUAUGUCAAGAUUAGGAUUUCGUAGGAUUAGUCACAUUACUGAAAACACAGAAUUAAAAAUAGACCCAAACGAGGAGGCCAAAAGUCAAGAUAUCACAGAAUCUGCUGCAUCAGUUCAUCUGUGUGCAUCCGUGGUGGUAGCAGCUGGCUGUAGAAGUCACAGUGUUUUAACCUCAGGGUCUACAUCGUUCAAUCCAGGCUGUGUGAAUAAAUGUAUGACUGAGUGCCUGACUGAGGGGCUGUGUUAAUUAUCCGAGGGCACUGUCAUCCUGACAGAAGCAGCUAUUGUGAAAACACAACACUUCCCUUUUUUUCCCCCCAUGUCCGCCAAUUAGCUUUUCAAGUAUUUAAUGAUUUAAGAUUUUCAUGUUUUAUUGAGAACGUUGCAGUGUGAAGCUUUAAGUCGGCUGCUAUAGCAUCAAAUGACAGAUUGAUUUAAUUCUUCCCCUCUAAGGUUUUCUCUCUCUCUGAGGCUCCUUUUUUUCCUACUGUGUGUGCGGUGACUGAUAGGGAGCAGAGGGAAAUGGAAUAUUCAAUUCGAGCAUAAUGAUACAAUAAUUUAAUUUAACAUUAAAGUUUCCCUUUUAAGCUCGGUGUUCAGUGUUGAUGGAUCGCCCAUCAUGACAGGAAGGACUGAGACGAGGGAGAAUGAGAGUUUUGUAUAUCUAAUUAUGCUGCGCAGACAAACUUGGAAAACACAAACCUCAGCAGGGGGAGAAAGAGACUGAAGCGCUGAUUUAUUCACAGAGUUAUUGGCGAGAAAUGCACGAUUGCAACCUCUCUUGAAUAUUCUCCUCCUGAAGGUGAAUUCAAUAGUAUCCUCAGGUACUAGACGGCCCUCAAAAAUGAUGCAAUUUUAGAAUAAAUAAGACAAGUGUCUCUUUAGAUAUUUGAUAUUUGCGUCCUCAAACAGCUCCUCUUCUUCUCAGGGUUUUGUAGUUGACACAGGUCUAAUGCUGCGUUACAGUUACCUCAGAAGUUGGAUGUCAGAGUUGGGAAUGACGUUACGCCUGAGUUGACAGUAUUCCAGUUAACAAACCAGAAAACCAAGUUGGACGCCUACCGUUGUUAGCUGUUGUUCACAAUUGUCCGCUGUUGUUAGCCGAUGUCAGCGGUCGUACGUUGUUGUUAGCUUUACCAGUUGUAAACAACGCAUAACACAGUAUUUUACUCUUACAAACACCAUAGCACCGUGUUCACAGUUAGAUUAUGAGAGCUUUUACUGUUUACUGUUGAUGCACUGCGCUGCCAUCUUGGAUAAUGACGUCCAUUAUCGACUGCUGCGGGGUGACGCAGCUCAAGGAAGAACAUUUAUGAUCAUUUCCUUGAAGUGAUAAUCACCAUAAUAAUCAUUUUGCACUGCAGACGCGAUAGUUCUUCUGUCUUAGUGUCUCGGUCUGAUUGCGUUUCCAUGAAGAAAUGAUCAUAAAUGUUCUUCCUUGAGCUGCGACACCCCGCUACAGUCGAUGGACUCGCCCGGAGGUCUCUGUACAAACAAGUGGCUACUGGGAGAGAGUAGGUGAGUUGUGUUUAGUCUCUUUGCUAAAGAAAUCAGGCAAAGUUAAAAAGAUGUUUGGUGGCUAGUACUAUGUCUGUGACCCUAUAUGUCCUGUUGAUGAAGUUAGGUGCUGUUCUGAGCAUUAUUUGUGGCUAUAGAGUGGCGUUUUGGUUGAGCGCGUGACUCUCUGUAUUGCCAUCCUGCGGUCAUUACUAAAGUUGGUAUAACUAGAGAAGCAAACAGUCGGCAACAUUCAUCUCUCGACGGGGUGUCUAACCCGAGUUACGGUGUGUUUGACCCUAACUUAGGAUGUCAACACACGAGGACGGCCCCGUAUUGUCUUGGCGUCAGCACCAAAACAUGUAUCGCUGUUUACACAUCGUAUUGUACAUAGGCUUAGUGCAUUUACAUGACAACGCAAAACCGGGUUCGGUCUGCCCGUCUGGUUCUGCUCCGAGGUGGAUUCCACAACAACAGGUUGUGCAUGCGUAACAUGCUGCAUCUCUGCAUGAGCACUUGUUGCUGUUGUUGCCGUAGCUGGUGUUGUUGCUGUUCUAAAUGUUGGGAUAAAAGUCGUAGUAAUAUUUGUAGUUGUAGAUGCUACCGCCAUUGUUGUUGUUGCUGUGUGUGUGACAACGUGGGUUGGGGGGCGGGGAGGAGGAGGGGUGCUAUGAGGUCACCCGCUGACCCGUUUUCAAAAAAGAUACGGAGUCAUGAACGAAUACACGUCUCCAUGUGUCAAUGUCACCCGAUCGAUAGUUUAUUUUACCGCUGUCUUCCAAAUUCGUACUCGUGUAAAGACCGCCUUAAUUUUACGCCGGAAUAUCCCUUUAACACCAUCGUUCAAAUACUCUCCACUGCUACUACUCUCUGUGUUUAUCAGAGUUGCAGAUAUUUGCCACUCUCUCUCCUUCACUGCCUCUGUCCUACAUGCAGUAUCAGGCUGCAGUGGCGUUUAUUUGCAUCUAGCUUGCGUGGAGCAAACAUGGACUUUACCUUAUCGUAAAACCAGGAUUUCAAAAAGUCUAAAAAGUUGGCUAAAAAUAUCAACAAGCAGACGUAUCUGUGGAUAUCUCAGUCAUAACAGUCUGUUUCAAAUCUGAUCACUGACAGAAUAAACCCAAACACAUUUUUUCUUCCUGAGGCUCUCCCUGGCACUGUCGCAGCUUGAAAAACCUUUGGCUCUCUGCUUUGAAUUCUUGCCAAGGUCAGGCGUGUUUAGGGAAAUAAGCAACUGGUUGCCUUUGGUCAGCCCAGCAACUUGUUUACUGUUGCACACUCUCAUGAGUCAUUUUUUCGAGAGCAGCCACUUGUGCGUUAUGCCAGCAAACCAAUAAGGCAGCUUUCACAGCCAGGAGCUCUCAGUCCAAGAGCUGUUAGAGGGGAGUGUGUAUGUGUCUGUACAGAGUGCGUGUGUAAAUACUGAGCCAGUGUCCACAUGCAUGACAUGUACAAGCCGUUUGCCAACAAAGAGGAUACUCUUAUCUAAAGUGAAGUACCCGAACACUGAGUCGUAUUAGAGUGGCUUCUUUCCUGCGCAGAGACACAGUCAUAUGCAUUAAAUCUAUGGUUUUGUUUGCAAGUGGCCUUAAGGACGUGUGGUGUGCUCAUCCUCGAGGACCCGGGGAGGAUUUGUGAGACGCUUGGUGCAAGGAGAAAGAAACAAAUGUAUAAAAAGAUUCGCCCCAUGCUGAAUGAAAUGGGAGAUUUUAUGCAUCUCCUGAGUGCUGGUCCCAGGUGCUCCCGGCCUCACUGACAGCACACCCCAGUCUGCAAGACAAUCACAGGAGAGCUGCUUCAACAUGGGAAAAAUUCAGAAAGGAAGAAAAAGCACACAGGAAACUGAAAGCACAAGAGAAAGAAAAUAGGGUCUUCUUCUGAACGUGUUUGAGGAGUACAUUCUGUUGAGGUUUGUGCCCUUUCUUCACCAAACUGUCAAGUCUGAUAUGGAGCCAGCAAGCGGACCUUAUUGAUCUGCACUGCAACUGUAGCUUCACUAUCUCCUGCAAAAUCACCCAGAGCAAUUUCCGAGCUAUUUGAGUCAAAAGCAGACAGGUGUGUGUGUGUGUGUGUGUGUGUGUGUGUGUUUGUGUUUGUGUGUUGGAGGGGAAAUCAGAUGGGAGCUUUUGGAUUUGGCGAAAUUGUGCUCAGUAAGGGAUAGUGCGCGGUGAGCGGAUAUUCAUGGGAAACAGGUGUCGUGAAGAAUCUUACAAGGACAAACCUGCCAAUUUCCAGGCCUGGUUUGAGACCGCCACUGGGGUGCUGUUGUUUGGAUGCAGCCAUUUAAACGACCUGGUCGGGGUAGGAAGGUGCCUCCAACUGUGAACCUGUUGCCAUAGCGACCCGACUAUCAAAAAAGUUUAAAGAUGAUUCUAAUGGUUUAGAAAUAGAUAAAAAUAGUAUCAUGAUUGGAAACUAAGAGAUGCACUCGCAAGAUCUGCUGUUCCCAUCAAGAUAUUAAGACAUCCAUGUUGUUUUCCUACCAAUUCAGCACGCUAAAGCGGGGUACACACAUAAAGAUAAUUGGGCUGUUUUUGUCCCGAUUUCCCCCCUCCCGACCAAGGACGACAAUCGGAAGCUUAUCUUAUGUCUUCUAAGAUUAUCCUGCGGUCUGAGGUGUAUUAAGAGUGAAUUUGUACAGAUAAUUGGGUCCGAAAUGGGUUGGGCCCGACAAUCGUAAAUAUUAAACAAGUUUAACAAGUUUAAUCAAAAAUCUUCAAGUGUGUGGGCAAAGCCGAUGACUUCUGAGUCAUGACUCCGUGAAUUGUCAAGUGCAACGGAAUGUAGCCAAUCAAGAAGCGAGCUGACUGAGGACCCAAAUAAAGCAAAUUAAAAUAAAGAAAGCAAAUAAAGCAAAUAAAGCAAUUUAGCGCGCUAAAGUGGGGUACAAACAUAUAGAUAAUCGGGCUGUUUUUGUCCCGAUUUCCCCCCUUCCGACCAAGGAUGACAAUUUGAAGAUUAUCUUAUGUCUUGUAAGAUUAUCCCAUAAGAUGUUCCUGUGGUCUGAGGUGUAUUAAGAGAGAAUUUGUCCUGAUUAUUGGGUCCAAAACGGGUCCGGGCCGACAAUCGUAGAUAUUGAACUUGUUCAAUAUUUACGAUAAAAGAUCUUCAUGUGUGUGGUGCAAGCCGACAACUCCCGAGUCAUGACUCUGUGAAUUGUUGCGUGAAAUGGAAUGUAGCCAAUCAAGAAGCAAGCCGACAGAGAAACAAGGAACCAAAUACAGCGAAUAAAAAUAAAGCAUGGCCUAAAUGGAUAAACAAAUGGGUUAAACACAAUUUACCGUGCACAAUGUCUCUUUAUUGAUGGCUGCCAGAUUUAUUUGUGUUACUAGGAUAAUCACACCAGCCAUUAGCUUAAUUUGAGAACAACUCACCUCCGGCUCGCUCAGUAGACUAUAAAGUCUGCGUAACAGAUAGCUUAAUGAAACUAGUGUCUUUGCAACAGCGUCAAUUAGCAGAAGAGAUAAAGUGUAGGAGUUAUUUUUGGAUUGAUUAGAUAUGUCUUAUUUCUGUUGUCAAGGAGUUGUCAAGGGCUUUGACCAGUCAGAAUCAAGGAAAUAACACGACCCCCAUUUGAUUAAUUUAAAUUAUUCCAGUUGGAGGAGAGAAGGGAAAAGAAAAGUCGAAUAUUUACGAGCCUGUGUGCUGGUGGGAUAAAUCAUCUUUAAUUAGAGAAAUCAAAAUUUUCCUUCAUGAAUGAAACAACAGCAUCUCAAAAACCUUUAAUAAGACUGAUGAUCGCUCUGGUUGCAGGAGUCUAGCUGUGUUAAACUGCAGUCGGCAUUAAAGAUAAUCACAAAUGUUUCAAGUGUGGCAUCCUGGGGGAAAAAAACUGUUGCAAACCUCCAAAUCUCAGAAUCUGCUCGACUGUUUACCGUUAUUCUCCACAGCGAGGAUGAUAAUACUUACUUUGUGGGGAUUAAAGAAACGUGAGCCUCAGUGUAGCUGCGGGCAGAUUCUGUUACUAUAGGACUGAGCUUUUCCCAGUCUUUGCUGCGAUGAGAUAAGCUCACUGGCUGCUAGCUAUAAAGAUGUGAAGGCGCUUUCAAUCGACUCAUCGCUAUUCCCUUUAAGAUCGUCUUGAAACACUCGAGUCUGUAAGAUUUGUCACUGAACCAUAUCCAGAGGCAAAAGUGUUAAUUCUGCUCUGGCGUGAAGUCGAGCAGGAAACAGGAAGUGCCAGAUGUGGAUGUAGUGCAAACUUUAAGUCUUAGCUGACCACUUUUUAUUGAGUACUGUUAAUUUCCAAAUGUGUCAGACAGAAAAAAACUCAAUUGAAGCACCAUGAAUUACAGCUGGAUAAGAUUAUGUCUUUUUAAAGCUUGAGAGCGAUCUGGGUUACAUACACCCUUUAAAAAAAAAAACAUGUCAAGCCAACUUGGCAACACUUUACAAUAACCAUAACUUAUAAAUGGUAAAUAGACCAUUUAAAAAUGGUUAGCAGAUAGUUUAUUAAUGUUUAAUCAUCAUUUAUGAAUAGCAUAUAGACCAUUAAUAAAUUGUACACUUUUAAAAACCUAACCCUAACCCCAACUCUUACUUUACAAUAACUAUUUAAGUAAUGUUUGGAGAUGGUUUAUAAACCAUUUUUUAAUCAUUUUAUCACCUUUAUUUUUUUUAUGCUUUUGUGUUUUUAUUUUCAAUUUAUUUUAUUUCAUUUUAAAUGUUUUUUACCUGCUUUUAUUUAUUUCAUCUUGAUGUUUUUUUUUUAGCAUUGUCUGUUGUUUUAAUUUUAUUGUGCAGCACUUUGGUAGACUUGAAUGUUUUUUAAGACGUGCUAUAUAAAUAAAGCCCAUUGGAUUGGAUUUACAAAGUAUUACAACCAUCAGUUGCAACUUUACAAAAACCAUCUAAGUAAUGUUUAUAGAUGGUUUAAAAACCAAAUAUUAACCAUUUACAAAGUGCUACUGACACACAUUUUAAUCUAGAUGCUUUACAACCAAUAUUUAAACCCAAUAUCAACUUUAAUAAAUAGUCCAUUAAUAAUUAAUAAAAAUUAUUAAUUAUAAUUUCAUUGCUUGUUAAUGGUAAAGUAACUAUUAACUUACAUUAAUAAACUAUAUAUCAUUUAUAAAUUAUGGUUAUUUUAAAGUGUUACCGCUAACUUUGAGGGGGGGGGAUUGCUUUAUUUUAUGUACUAUUUCAUACAGAAUAGUAAACCACUUAUAGUUCAGGAUUUUGGAGGGAAAAUCCCACACCAUUAAGAUUUUAAAGGGGGCCCGUGCCACCCCAAACCCCCACUUUGUUUACGCCCCUGUCACUUUUACAUUCAAGGUGAUGCGCCAUCAGUUGCAGCCUGAGAAAGGCUCUCUAGAUGGUGUUUAUGAAUCACUUUGUUCAAUGCAGUAAAACCUCUGAUCUGUUUUAAAAUGAUUAAACAUUUAUAAACUAUCUAUUAACCAUUUAUAAAUUAUGGUUAUUUUAAAGUGUUACCGCUACCUUUGAGGGGAAAAAACCACUAAUAAACCACUCAUAGUUCAGGAUUUUAAAGGGGGCCCGUGCCACCCCAAACCCCCACUUUGUUCACGCCCCUGUCACUUUUACAUUCAAGGUGAUGCGCCAUCAGUUGCAGCCUGAGAAAGGCUCUCUUGAUGGUGUUUAUGAAUCACUUUGUUCAAUGCAGUAAAACCUCUGAUCCACGAUUCACAGAACACAAUAAAAACUCCUGUCUAUUCACGGUUUAUACAGGAAAACUCACAAUCGCUAUACCGCUGAAAAACCUCGCAUAAAAGACUUCAUUCAGGUUCAAAUAGUGUCACUCCGUGUAAAAAGACUUCACUUCACCCCCUUUAGCACAUCCCCUGCCGUGAUAUUUUGAAAAUGAGAUCCUCAGACUCAGUUCUUGACUAAUUGACUUAUUAAGACUGACAUUUUUAAACCGAGGAUGACCCAAGAGGGGGAGAGGGGGAGGACAGACGGAGAGCAUGUGAAAAGAGGGAGGCGGACAGCUUUCUUCAGAGACCCUCAGAGCACUGCGGCACGUCAUUAGAGUCCUUUUACAGUGGUAAAAGAAGCGCUUGUUAGAGGACGGAAAUGUCAACAGCUGACAUGAGACAAUCAGAGUUAAACAGUGAAAUCCCGCCACAUACAACAGGAGCUAACAGUUUCCCCGGAUCUGUCCAUGCUGCGGUGAUGUCUCGCUCUAAUAGGCAGCGAUGUGAAGGUGCAGGGUGCCGUCAUGUCACCUUCCCCCCCUGGUUAGCAGUGCGUGUAUAACUAUUUCCUGUUACCAUGGUUUCACUGUCACAGGUCCGACUGGCCUCUUUGUGGGCGUCUGUCACAUGUGAUAUGGUCCCAGAUGGCUGGCAUUGAUUUCAUUAACUGAGGAUCCAUUUUUUUCUCUCUCAGAGGGAUUAUCUCUUACGACAGGCCGGCAGCAUUUAGACAGAUUUCACGAAGCCCUGUCCCUUAUUAACUCUGUCAGUCUGUUGGAGAUAUGCAGGAACCCACCACCACCACUUCUACCUCCCCUCUCUCCUUUUUCCCAUUUUCUCUGUGGAAGCUGGAGCCAAAGAGACCAUAUGGUGGGGACUCAAAGCUAGAUAGCACUUGGUGAUGCUUCCAUAAGACAUGGAGCUUUGGCCCGGCUGCUGUUCAUCCUGUUAUUGUAUUUCAUAGUACGGCUAACUGCAUCCCACACUUUUUAUCUGUAGCCUCAUGUCAAAAAAAUACAGAUUUACAUAGAUACAUAAUUAGCUUUCAUUCAUUUGUCUGUUAAUCGUAUACUUGCAAUUAAACUACAUAUUUUUUCUUUCGUAUCCUCAUGAAAGAAAACGCCGCUCUGUUUAUAUGUGUUGCAGCUGUCGCACUUUUCCUUAUCAGAGCUCUCUCUGUACCCUUGACCUUGUCUGUGAAGAAGUUCACUCUUUUUUUUGUCAGCACUAUUGAACAUUAUCAAUCUCUCGCUGCGGAGAGGCGGUUUUUCCUUGGCUCCUUGAAAAUUGCUUUUGUAAGGCCUCGUAAAUGAAAAGCCACAUUCUUUAUGCAAUAACCUGAAAAAAAAGUUGUUUACUCUCUGGAUUUAUAUUAUAAUGCUUUCAGUUCUGUGUGCAGGGAGGUUAUUCGUAGAUGGUUUAGAUACACGAAAGAGACUUAAAAAUGUCUUUUUUUGGAAAUUCAAAUGUAGUCUUUGGUUUUAUCCAUCCACCCGUCUAUCUAAAACACUUAUCCUGUUUGGGGUUGCUGGUAGCUCAAGCUGAUCCUGGCUGUCAUUAGGCAAGAACAGGGGGAACACUGUGGACAGGCUGUCAUUACCAGCUGAGAUAUUGAGAAAAACAACCACUCACACUCAGAGUCUAAAUUUACUUUGCUAUUUUUUCUGUUUAUUGGGGGAAAUGAUACCAGGAUCGAGUCUUAGAGUGCUCGUUUUUUUGGCACACACAGGUGCGUUAGGGAAGCAAAGUCCAAAACAAGCAAAUGCAUUUGAGGUGUACCCCAGAGUACCUUCCUGGGUCCUGUUCUUUUUCCUGUUUGAUGGAAAAAAUAAUAACCUCUGAUACAGAUUGUCAAACUCUUUGAGAAGAACUAGUCAAAACAAGCAAAUACAUCAGUGGUGUUCCCCAAGGUACCAUCCUGGGUCCUCUUUUUUUAAAUGUUUGUAUGCUAAAGGCUUGAAACUAUCGAAUUCAAAUGACAGUAACCCCAGAACACUAUCGCUAGAUGAUUUUCACCCAACCAAACAUGAUUACGUGAUUUUCGUUAUGUCGCGUUUGUCUGAGUUUCAUGGGUCUCUGGGUAGCUUCAGCAUUGUCUUUGACAUCUUUAAAGACAUAUUUGUUUCCCUGAUCCAAAACCUGCUUUUUCCUACAGGUACGUGUUCGGGUGAUUGUAGAGAUAGAGGGUAAAGUAGGUUUGGGUGGAUUUGAUAGCUGCAUGUAGGUGAAUAAGGUCAGUAAGAGUGGUCCUGGAAUUUGCAUGCUAUCUUUGUUUAGUGCAGUGGUUAUGAAUAACUAUCACAAAGUAGUGAUUUUCAAGGGAAUUUAUAUGGUGAUAAGAAAUAUUUUAGUCAGCUGGUCAUUUUUACUCACUCAAAAUCUGCCAUAUUUUGGUUCUCUCUCCUGCAGCUGUUAUUGUGCCAUAGAGCAUGAGUCUUCACCAGGGAAGACUCACAUGCCCCAGGAACGGGUGGAAAAGAAACUAAGUUUACAGUUUAUAUAUAUAUAUAUAUACACUCACCGGCCACUUUAUUAGGUACACCAUGCUAGUAACGGGUUGGACCCCCUUUUGCCUUCAGAACUUAAUUUCUAAUCAGCCAAUCACAUGGCGGCAACUUAGUGCAUUUAGGCAUGUAGACAUGGUCAAGACAAUCUCUUGCAGUUCAAACCGAGCAUCAGUAUGGGGAAGAAAGGUGAUUUGAGUGACUUUGAACGUGGCAUGGUUGUUGGUGCCAGAAGGGCUGGUCUGAGUAUUUCAGAAACUGCUGAUCUACUGGGAUUUUCACGCACAACCAUCUCUAGGGUUUACAGAGAAUGGUCCGAAAAAGAAAAAAUAUCCAGUGAGCGGCAGUUCUGUGGGCGGAAAUGCCUUGUUGAUGCCAGAGGUCAGAGGAGAAUGGCCAGACUGGUUCGAGCUGAUAGAAAGGCAACAGUGACUCAAAUAACCACCCGUUACAACCAAGGUAGGCAGAAGAGCAUCUCUGAACGCACAGUACGUCGAACUUUGAGGCAGAUGGGCUACAGCAGCAGAAGACCACGCCGGGUGCCACUCCUUUCAGCUAAGAACAGAAACUGAGGCUACAAUUUGCACAAGCUCAUCGAAAUUGGACAAUAGAAGAUUGGAAAAACGUUGCCUGGUCUGAUGAGUCUCGAUUUCUGCUGCGACAUUCGGAUGGUAGGGUCAGAAUUUGGCGUCAACAACAUGAAAGCAUGGAUCCAUCCUGCCUUGUAUCAACGGUUCAGGCUGGUGGUGGUGGUGUCAUGGUGUGGGGAAUAUUUUCUUGGCACUCUUUGGGCCCCUUGGUACCAAUUGAGCAUCGUUGCAACGCCACAGCCUACCUGAGUAUUGUUGCUGACCAUGUCCAUCCCUUUAUGACCACAAUGUACCCAACUUCUGAUGGCUACUUUCAGCAGGAUAAUGCGCCAUGUCAUAAAGCUGGAAUCAUCUCAGACUGGUUUCUUGAACAUGACAAUGAGUUCACGUUCAAAGUCACUCAAAUCACCUUUCUUCCCCAUACUGAUGCUCGGUUUGAACUGCAGGAGAUUGUCUUGACCAUGUCUACAUGCCUAAAUGCACUAAGUUGCCGCCAUGUGAUUGGCUGAUUAGAAAUUAAGUGUUAACGAGCAGUUGGACAGGUGUACCUAAUAAAGUGGCCGGUGAGUGUAUAUAUAUAUAUAUAUAUAUAUAUAUAUAUAUAUAUAUUUUAGGAAUUUUUUGUUCAUGAAUGCCUAAUUUCAGUUAUAUCGUCCCCUCAUAGCACGUCUUUUCCUCCCUUCGGACAUUGCACAGUUAAACAUUAAAGAAAACUACUUUAAUUUGUCAUGUAUUGUCCUAUUUUGAUAUAUUUUGAUGGCAAGUACUUUCCUUGGUUAUAUUAUUUCGGGUAAAAAUCAUCCGGUGAUAGUGAUGGUGUUACUAAUUUUAGCGAUAGUGUUCUAGGGUUAAAGAACAGCAGUAGUGAUUUUUUAGUAAAACCUGCCAAGAGGAACAUGUCGCACUCAGCUUAUGUUAUAAAUCUAGCUUGUAGGAGGGGUUACUGCUUUCUGAUGCACCAUUACAAUUAUUCACACAAAAAUAGGCCUAUAUUUGAAGGUCGCACUGGUUAAAGAUUGGAUGCAAAGUUUUGAUUCAGGACUCGAAAACCUUGAGGAUUUAAUGAAGCAAUCAUUCAUUUUUCAGCCUCUACGCUAAUUUAUUUUCUUUGUUUCUUGCCGGUAAAUCACUUUCCGAGUAGUAUUUAUCCAGUUGAAGGUAACUUAGUCGGAAAAUACAGAACUUUAGUCUGUAUGAAAGCAGCCAAAUCUUCAAUAAGGCUAAAAGUUGUACCAUCUGCUGCUUUUCUGUGAUUCCGCUGAAAAAAAAAUCUAUUAACAUUCAGUGAAAAUCUUUCCAAAAGAGUUCACACCCACUCACCACAUGUAGUGGAUGCAUAAUUUACCACAAGCAAUGGCUUAAAGUGAAGUGUAAACAAGCCCAUCAGACAACGAAAGAGAGAUAAAUGUUUGAAUCCCUUUAAUGGCUCUCAUUCGGCGACUUUUACUUCUCUAACCAGCUGAAAUGAACCACCGCAAACACACACACAUUUUUCACACUCUGGAACAUCCGAAGCACUCGUGCACUUAAUCAUCCCCUGAGUGAAGCAGCGCCCCGUUGUAGACAAAAUACUGCGUUUAAUGUAAGCAGUCGAACACAGAGCACUUGGGAGCUGUGGUUAGCAGCCGUUUUGGGCCGAGCAUUUGCUCUUUGCAGCUCACUGAUUUGAGCUUCAUUCGAUGUGAGUGCUGCUUCAGCGACACAGAGAGAUAGAAUGACAGUGAUAGGACGAGAGAGAUUAUUUUGUAUCCUUGUUUGGCUGUGUUUUGUGUGUUCCCGGUGUGCCUAAGACUGAGGGAAAGUAUGCAAAUUGUCAAGCGUGUCUUCCGGGAUCCUCUAAAUGGGAUUCUGGAGGACAAUGUUUUGUUCUUUGGUGCAUUUCUGAAAUUACGGUUGACACCUUCAGCAGGGGGAAGGAAACCAGGCUCGACACAUACACACUUCUUUUGUGUGUGUGUGUGUGUUCCACAUGGUAAUGCCCGUGUGCAGAGUUGUUACGUGUUUGUUGUCACUCUGUGUUGACGCCUGGCAAGACGCUGUCGAAAAAGACGCUAUUGGGAAUACAUUUGAUUUGCAAAUGGAGAAAAAAAAAAAACACACACACACACACAUUCGCAGGUGUGUUUUUUUCCCCCCGCAGGGAUGAUUUGCAACUGAAUAGGCGUGUUGCACAGACUGACUUCUAAGUUUUGACAAAAUGCUUCAAGGGGAAAAACAAGCCUGUAUGCACCAAGGACAUGCCAUUUACUAAUGCUGUUCCUUUUAUCAAUAGCAGCCUGUGAAAACAUCUUUAGUUACAGCCAGAGCGGCUCUAUUAAAAUUCAACCAAGUGUUGUUUGCACUUACUUUCCAGUCAAUGCCUACUGUUAACAUUGCGCUCAAGGUCGUCCUCUCUUUACACUCACAAAUAUGGGUGUGCGCAUGUGCGUACAUGUGUGCAGAUGAGUCGACUGCACCAAAGUUUCAGCCGCAUCUAAUGCUUGAAUGUCAACAGACGCUCUUCUGUAUCAUUUUUCACCCUGAAGGUAUGUGUGGCAGCGAGUGAAUCCUCUGUAUUCUUGUGUGUCUGAGUGUGUGUGUGUGUCCAUGUCAGGGUGAGCAGGCAUUGUCAGGCUGUUCAAAGAGCGUGGACAACAAAACGAGAGGCCUCCUGCUGCUGAAAGGCAUUAAAUGUAAGAUGUAAGACAUUAUCCUUGAACACAACAUGCCAUACAGUGCAGAACCUGAUAGAACUACAAGUAAAGCAUUAAAUCAUAUCCAUAGGGCACUUUGUUUACAUUUAACCAACAGAAGAGCAUUCAAAAGAGCACUUUGUAAACAUUUUAUCUACUUCAAGGGCAGCAGAGGGGGUGCUUUGUUUACAUUAAUUCCUCUGAAAUGGCCUUUGAGGGUACUUAAUUUACAUUUGAUUCACUUUGUUUAUGUUGUAUUUAUAGUAGAGGCAUCCAAAAGGACACUUGUUCCACUGGAAAGGUCACUAAACCCACCAGAAAGGCCACUUUAUCUACGUUGUUCCUCGUUGUUCAUCUAGGAGGUUCUUCUUUAACAUUUAAUCUGCUGGAAAGGCAUUUAAAAGGUGCUUUAUGUAUGUUUUAUCGGUAAAAACGACCAUAGAAGGCAUUUGUCGCAGGAUUUUCCUCUGCAAAGACUUCACAGAGGCAUCUUUGUUUACAUUUAAUUCACUGGAGGACAUCCAGCGUGCACUUUGUUUACAAUUAUCUAUCAGAAAGGUCAUCAAGUAGACACUCUUCAUCGGAUAUUUGCUGCGGAGCAACUUUGUUUACAUUUAACCAACCGAAGAGCACUCAAAAGAGCAAUUUGUGAACAUUUUAUCUACUUCAAGGGCAGCAGAGGGGGUGCUUUGUUUACAUCACUUCCUCUAAAUUGGCCUUUUGAGGGCACUUCCUUUUACAUUUGAUUCACUAUGUUUAUGUUGUAUUUAUAGUAAGGGCAUCCAAAGGGGCACUUGUUCCACUGAAAAGGAACCAGAGAGGGUUAUUGGCUCACUAGACCCACCAGAAAGGCCACUUAAUCUACAUUGUUCCUACUUCCCUUCUAGUAGGUUCUUCGUUAACAUUUAAUCUACUGGAAAGGCCCUUAAAAGAUGCUUUAUUUAUGUUUUAUCAGGACACUCAUCAUAGGAUUUUCACUGCAAAGGCUUCACAGAGGUAUACUUGUUUACAUUUAAUUUACUGGAGGGCAUCCAGAGGGCACUUUGUUUACAUUUUUCUAUCAGAAAGGUCAUCAAGGAGACACUUUUCAAUGGAUAAUCACUGCAAAGACACUUUGUUUACAUUUAAUCAACCAGCACGGCACUUGAGUGCACAUUUUAUCCACUGAAAGGGAACCAGAGAAGACACUUCAUUUACUUUUAAUCAGGUGGAAGGGCACCCAGAGUGGUUUACAUGCUCACCACCAGAGAAAAGUGUCAAGAGGGCACUUUAUCAUGGGAUAUUCACAGCAAGAACAAUUUAUAAUGUUUAAUUUACUUCAAAUUAGCCCUUAUGUGGAUUUUAUUUAUACAUAGGGGCAUCAGGGCCCCUGCUGUCCCCCCUCUGAGUACACCACUGUCAGAGUGUGUAUCAGCCUGCCUCACUCCUGUAUCUUCCUGUUAAAUAAGCACAGGUGUUCUCUCUGAUAACUCCCUCUCUUUCUCUCAACCAGGAAGCAACAGCAGUCCAACCCUCCCUACCCAAAAGAGCAACCCUCCCUCCAACACAUCAGACCAUGGCCUCACCUGCAGAAACCUCUCCUCGUGAGUACUGUCCUAUUUCUGUAUGUUCAAGAAAAGUUUCUUUGUUGCCGCAGCCUCAGAUCUUUUAUAAACUAUGACAGCAGGCUUUUGCUCCCUGAUUGCAUCACUGUUACACCGCUCUGUCAAACAAACAGACAAACAUCCCAGGCUGCAGGUUGGUUAAUACAACGCGGUGUUACAUUUGUUUUAAAAGAUAAACAUUUGGCAGCGAGCAGGUUUUUGAAAACGAGAUUGUUCAUUGCCAGAUAAGGCGGCUUUCCUGGCAGCUUUUUUAAUGGGAAGCUGCGGGGCUCCAGAGAUACCAAACUUCCAUUUCUGUGAUAGCAGUGGCUUCCCCCCAGUUUGUUUCAACUGAUGCUGAUAGCAGUGUACACACAGAUGGAGCUUACAGUGCAAAGUACAGCACUUUCCCUUCAGGGAUCAAGUGUUAACUAACAGGAGUGUUGUCCUCCAGGGUACUAUAGCGUAUUGAUGGUGACUGGCGUUUAACUAUUGUGGAAGGGAAACAAGUGCUGUAAUUGAAACUUUAUGUAAUUAACCUCAGGCUUUGUAACGGGCUUAUCACAAUUAGUUGCAUGUAUUAAGGAAGUGAGUAACAGUGGAUUACAGUGAGGCAUACUGCUUAACCUUAUCUGUAGGUGGUUAUUACUAUCUUCCACACUUUAAUUGUAUUUAUUCUUCACUUUUUUAGUGUUAUGUUUCCCCCUCAUCUUUGCUGUGAUUGAUUAUUGGAAACUGAAGCAUUAAUUUUACUUAAACUUAAAGCUUUUGUGAUCGACCUCAGUGUUUUUUAUGAGCUAUGAAAGCAAAUAAGAUCACUAGCAAAAUAUUAUCAUUUCCCCACAUUUAAUCCAAGUUUACUUUAAAAUCUCUGACUUUUAUUUCAAUAGAAAAACACACUUAGACUAUUUUGUUUGCAGACACAUAAAUAAUUCUAAGUCAGUUAACCCUGUACAGUGAUUAGCUAACUCAUUAUGUGAAAAGCAGAGGACCCAGAAGUGAACCCUGUGGAACUCCUAUUUUUCAAAUCUAGAUAGAUAACUGGGUAGACUUUGUCCUAACACAAACCUGAUGGGAACUGCUGCAGAUACAAACAUUUCUUGUGUCGUCACCGCUGUUUUUGGAUCUUUUUGUUUUUAAACAAGUAACUCUGUGUGGACGUUUGACCUCCAAACUCACAAAAAGAAAGAGGUGUCGACUGGAGAGAGUGAUGGUCCGAAGUGAUGGAAGUGCUGACAGACCUGAAGGUGGUAUCAAGGUGUUAAAAAUUCACAUGAACCCAGCCAUGCAUCUUCUCAGUCGACAUACUCCCACAUAGACGGAGAGCCCCUCCAUCUCUACCUGAGAUCAGUCAGGCUUUCGUGUCACCCCGCUCGUCUCUAAAUCUCCACGCCGGCUCUAAACCUGGAGCUUCUUGACAAUCCUGCAUUCCUGUUGUCCUGUCUGAGCGACGGCUUUUGUCUUUGCUGACAAGCUGUCACACCAGCGCUGCAUUCUCUGCCAGGUCAGAUGACUGACAGGGGGGGGGGGGGGCUACAGGAGCUGUUCCCUGCAAAGCCACAUGUUUAAAUGAAGCACCCUGACAGGGCGGCUGCACUUUAAGUAGAUGCAAAGCUCACCUCUAAAUCUCCGCGCUCAUGCUCUUUGAAUGCAGGCAUCCUUGUUGACUUCUCUCCAUCGCUGGCCCUGCAACACUUUCUGGUUUGUAGCACAAACAAUGGUAGUCAUGUUCUUUUGUUUUAUCAUUCAAAGGUGUGUGUUCAUAUUCGGAUCUGUCUGGGCCUGAUUAAACUCGUCAGACACACUUGGCCCACGAGAAUUUCUCAAAGUGUGCGAACGCUGCCAAUUGGAACUGCCGUUGCCAAAAGACUGCUUUUGUUCUAAUUAAUCUCCUCCUAGAUUAGCAUGCCAAAUGUUGAUGUCUUAAUAAUAUUAUUCUGACGGAAAAAACAAUCUUUUUCCUCCCGUCAGUCACAUAGAUGAUUCUUCUACAGCUUUUGUGGGGCACAAUUGAGCUUUUAAGACGCGAUUGAUGCUUUAAAAUUGAAAAUUGAUGUGUGACUGUUUUGUGUAUUGUUGUGCAGCUGCUCAGGGGAAAUCAAUACAAUUUCCAUACAACACUGGGCGAACAGAGGAUUCCUCGCAUCUGCUGGUUAUAAGGAAACGCAGAAGUUCCCAGAUUGUUCCUUGACAUUUUUAAUAUCGUUGAACUGAUUUGUUUUUAUUUUUCAGCUGCGUCAGUGGCACUAUUAUUGUUUUCCUGUGUGCCUUUAAAGCUCCUGUAAGGAGUUUUUUGACAUUUAGGAUAUGCACUAAAAUUCAUAUUGAUGCAUUUUUACUAUAUACAAAAGCAAAAAAAGACCAUAAAUGACAAGAGUGACAAUUUUAUAUUGUAGUUUUUAAUCAGUGCGAGGGGGUAGGUGUCAGCUGAGCAGUUAAAUUGAUAGGGGUGCCAAGAUUAAAGCUCCUGUAAGGAAUUUUUUUGUUGGACAUUUAUCAGAUAGAAUUAAAUUUAUAUUGAUGCCUUUUGUUAUCAGACAAUCAGGGAUAAGAUUGACUGUUUUUAGACUGUAAUAUUUAAUGCUUAAAGAUGGUACGAGUGGAUAGGUGUCAGCUCAGCAGCUUAAGUAAGAGGGGUGCCAAGAUUAAAGCUCCUGUGAGGAUUAUUUUUUUUACAUUUAUCAAAUGGACUAAAAUUUAUUUUGAUGCCUUAUAUUAUAAGACCAUCAGGGAGAAGAUUGACUGUUUUUAUAAUUGUAAUAUUUAUUGCUUAAAUAUAGUUCGAGGGGUUAGGUGUCAGCCCAGCAGUUAAAGUAACAGAGGUGCCAAGAUUAAAGCUCCUGUAAGGAUCUAUUUUGUUGGACAUUUAUCAGAUAGAGUGAAAUUUAUAUUGAUGCCUUUUAUUAUAAGACCAUCAGGGAUAAGAUUGACUAUUUUUGUACUGUAAUUUUAAUGCUUAAAAAUGAUUCAAGGGGGUAGGUGUCAGCACUGCAGCGAAGGAAACAACUCUGUUUUCCAUUUGCCACAUUGAAUAGUCACAUUAAUGAUACAUUUAACUGUCAAAACUCUGCAGGAUGAGAUUAUUAGUCAAAAAAAACAAGAUAAGCAAAGACUGCUCUGUCCACAGGGGGCACCAGAAAUGCAUUUUCUGACAAGCUUUAAAGCUCCUGCGAGGAGUUUUUGGCUGGUAUUAAUUCAAACUGAAUUAAUUUUGGUGCUUCUUCAUGACUUCAAAAAGAAAAAAAAACAUUAAUAAUAUGAAGAAAAGUGACGAUUUUUUUAAAGUAAUAAAAACAUCUGAAACAUUCAGCAGUGGGUAGGUGUCGGAGAAAAAUGCCACUUGUUCCAGAGCAAAAGUGCAGGAUAAAAUUUUUGUCUGUGAACACUUAUUAUAUGUGUGCAGGACAAAAUACUCUUGGUCCACAGGGGGGCGCCAAAACCAACUAAAAAAAAUCCUCACAGGAGCUUUAAGUCAUCUCAAUUAAUAGCAUGGAGUCAUUAUUACAGAGAAAUAAAACAUCCUUCAAAGUAAGACAUCAUUUGCCACAGUCACGUUUUUAAAUGAAGUUGUUUGAGAUGUUGGGGAUUGGGAAAGUCUUGUUUUUGUUUUCUCACACACAAAAACAAGCGGGAGUCAUUAGCAUUGAUUAAUCAGCGCUGUGCAACCCAGAUACACGGUUCAAAGAAGAUAAAAAAUAUCAUAACUGGAAUUUUGCUUGAAUGAAAUGAUGAUAAAUCAAAGUCAGAGUUUAUUAUCAGACUCUCUCUGGACUUGACAGGGAUGCUCUCAGGCCCCUCCAUUAGGUAUUCUACCAGAGUAUGUUUAUUUUCUACUUUAGGAACAGGAAAUCCAUGUGCAAUUUCAGCGGGAUUAUCAGCAGAGUGCAGCCCCUCCACAAGCCUGAUAACCACGCUCCUCUCCAGUCAAUGCGCUGCCAAUGGCGCCUCACGGGGUGGGCUCCCUGAGAACACCUUGUGUUCAACGUGUGAGGUUGGUAAACAGUCAUGAUCACAGCAAAUAAUAUGUAGAGAAUGGGGAAUCGAUGAUUUCCUGCAGGGUUAGACAAGGCUCUGUGAUUCACUCUUGCAUUGUCAGAGAGGAUGUUGGUGGAAAUGAAAAAAAAAAGAGAGUGAACGAAAAGCCUCGGGGCUGAUCAAACACAAACAUAAGGUCACUGGUUUCAAAGAGGACCUCUGCCUCUGCUGCAGGGCGACGUAUGCACGAGAGGAAAGAAGGAAAAGGAGGUAAAAAGAAGGUCAGGAAGGAAGUAAAGAGAAAGGUUGGAUAACGAUAUGGUUUUCUAUUUUCCCAUGAUGUCCCGCUUGAUUGUGUCUGGAUCGUUAAAGGUUUCCAGCUCAAUUCUCCUGGGCUCCUUCGCAGCAGGCACAGCAUUGAAUUUCUCUCACUUAGCGCCGGUUGCACUGAGGAGCUGUCCUCAAGGUUCAAAGGCAUCUCAGAAGAAGGAAGGAAGUGAGGAAUUAUGGAGCAGGAUGGGUUUUUAAUAGGGGCAAAGGUUUCACCCAGAAAAGGUAGACUCGGCUUCUCAUCGAAACCCAGAAUUUAAGCUUUAAAUAUUCUGAACUAGAGGGAACGCAGUGAUCCAAAAAUGGUUGUAGCAUGAAUCAAUAAUCAAUAGUACACACACACAGAAGCAUGGGUAUGAUGUAUAUAGAAAAGGCAUGUUAUUGAAGUGACCUUGGUGAGUCAAUCUCACCCAAAGCCAUCUAUUAUUAACUAAUGGUUUGACAUUUUGGGAUAUAUGCUAGUUAGUUUUCCUUCUGGGUAUAACAUGAGAAGAUCGAUACCAGAUUUAUGUCAGAGCUUGAAGCAGAUUAUAGACGAGUCCGAUCAAAAGUUGGGAAAAGUUGUGGUUUCGACUAUUUCUUCGGGGGGAUAGCGUCUUUUUUACUUUAUAGUUAGAUAAAAGGUGGGGUCGUCAGGAUCUGAGGAAGUGCCAGAUAGAGUGUAAACUCUAUCCCUCCCAACCAGUUUUCCCCUCAGCUCCUCCUCUCUGCUACAGCAAGCCCCGCCCACAAACAGACGCUCCUGCUCGCUCAUAUCGUUCCAAUUAACUUCAGAUAUAAUGCAGAUAAAUACUUCAGAUAAUUACAAAUGGGGCCCAGUCAAGGUGAAAGUAAAAAGCAUUGGUGCUACUGUAGAUGCCAACAGACUAACAGAGACUUCUACAACUAGGAUAAAGUGACAUAGUCCAGGACCCUCGAUAAACAGUUUAGCGGCGCUACAACACGCUACAGCAGGUCCGUUUGACAAGAAACACUUCUGUUACAGACACUUGACUUACUUUGUUAAAGCGGUUUAAAGGUUACAGGGUCCGUAAGAUCCCGAAGCGUCCCCAUCGUUUAUGCUUCAUUGAUGUUGAAUUGGCUUUUUGGCUCUUGUCCGGUUUACCUCUGUUUUAAGCGGGAAUCCCACAGGAUCCGAAAUGGCUCCGCUCCGCUCCAGACCAGCGUACAGCACACAGCACACAGCACCCACCAGAUCCGGAUCCACCACCCCCAUCGGAGGAGAAGUGCUCGUGAGAUUACCGAUGUUUCUUGUGAGACUGGAUGAGAUCUCAGGAGCUGUCGCGUGUUUCCCCGGGAGUCAUUGAACUGUUUUUAACUUGAUAAUAGGAGAGGCCAGGGUUGUUGGAUGUGGGUAUUUAUAUACACCGAUUGGCGGAUUUCAUUCUAUGUUCUGAUUUUCUUUUAUUUUGAAAAUUAGCUGGAUAUUUGACUCUGUAACCGCAAACAAAUUCUGCUGCCGCUCGUGCUGCACUGAAUUGAUUCGCCGGGCUCUGGCACCUUGCAAAAAUAGAAGCCUUGCAUAUCUGUUCCAGAUGGCGGACGGAUUCUGUGGAAUGACUCACAUUGAUUAUAAUGCUUACAGAUUGGAGCGAAGUGGAGCCAUUCCGGAUCUUGUAGGUUUUGCCCGUUAUUCCUCCAGAGUCUCCGGUAUUUUCUUCGUUUUCUUGUUUGUGUCGGCGGUCGUGGCCAAAGGAGGAUUCAGACAAUUUUCUGUACUUUCUGGUUGGUUUCUACUGUCCGAUAUUGUGGCACGCUAACUUUGUUUGGGCUCGUAAACGUUAUUCGUGGAAUAUGCCUCACAACACGAGGGAGCAGCGUCUGCCUCACAACCAAUCAGGUUAGAGGAGGUAGAGAACGGUUUUGUUUACAGUCAGAAAGAGCGGACCGUUAAAAAAUGUUAAAAUGUUGACUUCACAGACAUAAGAGAACAACAAUAACAAUAACAUUAUAUUCCCAAAUGUCAUCAAUAACUAAUAGCUAUUGACUGAUAUUAAAAAAAUUUUCGUAUAAACACCACAAAAAUAGAUGCUUCCUCAACAGAAUCCUGCCUACUCCACCUUUAAGCGACAUACUUCCUUGUUUGUCGAGUGUUUAUGAGCGUCUAUGAACUUUACCUCCAGUCCGCAUGCUGAAUCAUGCCUCUCGCUGCUCAAAUGAGGGAUGUAUUAAGUAUCUGCGCCUCAUCUCCCAGUGUGGGACGUGUGAGUCCAUAAGCCUGUUGUGACAUAAGGUUAAGGGCAUGUUGGGUACCUCGAUACUUGAUCCUGAAAACCCACAUCCACACACCCCCCCUCCUCCUCCCCGGUCGGAGUCACUCCUAUUUUUUACGAAGGGGUGCUUCUAAAAUAAAAUCAGCUGUCACUGGAUGCCUGGGCCUCACUGCGCUGAGGGAACACACUGCUGGAGCUGGUCUCCAAGCCUCACUGUCGGGAUUUUCUUCCUUCUCCGUGUCGGGUAAAAUCAGAACGAGUAAGCUUUUGUAAUUUCCCCAAGAUCUAAAACUCUUUUUUUUCUUCUUCUUAUUCUGUUGGAUUGUAUUGCAGUUCAGAGCGACCUACACAGCCUCAGAAGGUAAGAGAUGAAGAAAGACUAUCUCGUGUGUUAAAAUGAGCCUCGCUGUCAGCGCGGCUCUGUUAAAGUGAUUUUCCACUGAAGCACAAGUGGAAGGAGACAGAUUGGAGACGGUGGAUGACAUUUCAGCUGAUAAUGAAUCAGUUUGAUGUGCCCAGGCUGAGGCAUCCUCGGUAUAAAAUUGGAAUUAGGAUAAAGUGAAGCCACACUGUGAGGCCUUCGCUUCAUAAAGGAUGAGAUAUUAGAGUGUACUCCACCUGGAUUUGUGCAUCGUCAUAAAACAUGCAUGGGGGCCCGUUUUUGCUUCCUUCCACCAGCAGCAGCAGCAGUCGGAGCGAUCUGAAUCUACUGAAAGCGAAGCAAAUUGGAGACAAAGUGCUUAGCCUAGCAUGAGGAAGCACCCGAGGGCGCUCCCGUCUCCAUGUAAAGAAGUUACGUUGAUAGAUUUGACAGCUCAAUUAUUGUGCCUGUUUUGCUUUUUUGUGGGUAGAGGGAGAAAUCGCCCUCCACGGCUGACAUUUCAAUUAGUGGAGCUCGAUUUGGCGCUCCUGUCAAAGCCCUUCCUCGUGAGCCGAAAGCUUUGGCCAGUAAGUAAUGAACAGAAAAUUGGGUUGCUUAAGGCUUCUGUCGUAAAGGAAAGGAGGGGUGGGGGUGUGACACCUCUGUGAUUAGCGGACGGCCUUGCCUUGACACAGAUCUAUGGGGGUCGGGUUUAGCUUUGAGCUACGACGCCACGCCACGCCACUUUCCCCAGCUUCUGAAAUUACUCUUUCUCCCUCUUUCAAGAACAAACUCUCUCCAGUCGACUCUUGCCCUAACACCCCUCGCCGCCCUUCACCUCCUCGCUAGCCCGCGGCGCGCUCCCCUCACAGAAGCUAGCGACAGCGGGGUCGGCGCUCCUUUGGCUCUGCUUGAGCCGUCCACGCUGGCCUUCCCUGUUCACUCAGACUUCCAUUACCCCCCCUGUUUGGCGCCAUCACUUCAGCAGCCACUGUGGCGUUGAAGAGAUAAGAAGCUAAUACUCUCAGAGGAGGAGAAAUAUACUCCGAGUUAGGGUAAAUACGACUCUUCUACUGUAGAAAGUUCUCUGCGAUCUACUAAAAGUCCUGGGCCUCAUUAUGUUUGGGCAUUUUAAGCAAGGAGACGGUGCGUGAACGCCAUUAUUUAUGCAAAUGAAACGCCCUUUGGUGCCACUUUUAAUUAGCAACAGCGCAGGGAGGUGGUGAAACAGCUUCAGAAAUCUUUUGAAAAUACAAUCUCAUUAGAAGUCUUUCAAUUUCGCCUCUUCUUUGUUUUCCUUUUUCUUUCUCUCCUUCCACUUCCACUCCAUAAAUCUUCCUGUCACUAAGGGAACAUGACGCUGCAGACAGAGAGAGACGGUUUAUAAAAAGGUCGGGUUGACUUUUUUUUAACCCCUCCUCCUCCUCGUCCCUCGGCGCUGUGGUUACCUCACCCUCAUGUUAUGGCAGCUUUGCAUACAGCAUGCCGUUCUGGGAAGCCAGAGAUAUCCACGGAGCUGUUGUCACCGCUCUGGGGCAUCAUAACCCCCCUCCACCCUGACAGCUCCAGACUAUGACUUCAACAUUUAUCUCCGUUGAUAAAUGAGGGCAUUAUCCUUGUGUUUCUGUCAUCGGUUCGGUAUUAAGUUACGCCGCAGCCUCAGGUGUAGGAUUUCUGACCCAUAUUUAUAGCACGUUCAAAAAACCCCUGUUUAUUUUCAGACGUCAGGCGGUCUAUUUCUCCUCAUGACGGGUUAUUGGUUACACGAGCAUGCCAGAUGUAGCAGAAAGCUAAAAAUGGUGGGAUGAGCAGGGUGUACUCUUGUCUCAUGGCGUCCACUCACAUCAUAAACAAAUGUAAAGCAUGCGUUGAAUUUUUACGCUUUUACUACAGGUGUGUUGACGCUUUUGGACGAGAACCGAUCAAGAUAAAUUGGGUUUGACUGCUACAUAUGUAUGUGUAUAAGGAGCCUGUGUUGUCAUAUGUAAAGUAUAGAUACAAAUAUGAACGGUAUGUUCUGCACAUCUAAGCCGUGAAUCUGCCUCUAAUCUCCGGAGACCUUCACUGGAUCUGUGCGCAGCUGCUGUACGACUUGAAACGUAAAAUAAACUCACUCUGACCUUUUUCUCCGAGCCCAAAGUUACGCCACAGAAACAUACAUGUUCGGAAAAAUACGUGAGCGUAAACACAAGGAGGAGGUUUAUUUUCAAAAUAAGUCAAAAGGUUGCAGCGCGAGCACAUAAUGAGAGGGAAUAAUUUCUAUUUAGGGUCUUCUUUCAUCCCACGGUGUUGUUGCCUGGAGAGAUAGAGAACAUGCCAAGAGCUAAAAGGUCCAGUGUGGGAGUGAGCCGAGCUCUAAUGGAGCCUCCUCUGUUGCCUAAUGAUGCUUUGUAGCGCAGGAAAGUCAAACACGAAAUCAGUGCUCGUCUCUUAAUUGGCUAUCCGCAGGGAUGCGCCCGGCAAUGUGAGGUAUCAUAAAGUAGUUCCUCUUGAUUGAUGAGUAUUCAGCUGCAGUUUCAUGUCAACGUUUGGUACGGAUUGUUCGCCUCGGGCCACUUCUGUAUAAAAAUGUUCUAUGAAUGUGGAAUUAUGUGGAUGAAUUUAACAAUCUGAGGUGGAAAUUUAUGCUGGAAAAGAAGAAAAGCUUCGAUUAAAGACACUACCUGGCUAUUCUUGUGUUUAUUUCUUUAUUUUUCAAGUCUUAGGUCAGUCUAACUGUUACAUAAAGUUGAGUUUGGUUUGCGUGCAUCAUUGAAGGGCGCUCGCAUCAUUAAGGUUAAUUCAUUUUUGUUUGUCUUCAUUCAGCUGCAGGCAGCGCAGGCGCAUCCAGGUCAGGACGUCCUGAGGACCCGGAGGCCGAGCCGGUGUCGGUGAAAGAGCGGCUGGCGAUGUACCAGGCGGCCGUGUCCAAGAAGGAAACCGGCAGCUCCUCAGCUGCUGCGGUAAGGCGAUACUUCCACACGGCUGUAAGAAGAGACGGCAGGGAGGAUGGAGUUUGAGGGUAGUUAGAGAGACGGCAGACAGUCUCAGAAAUCGUGAGAAAAAGCUGCUAACACGGUGAUGCUUUCAGGAUUUAAGAGCAAAUUUCCCCCACUUUUAUUCUCCUAAAGUAUAAAUCUGCUGUCACUGAACACUGUCCUGCUUGUAGACUCUUUUGUUGAGCAGGGACCUCAUGGAUGGGUGCCACAGGGUUCUGCUGGGAUAGUAGGCUUAUUUGUCAAAGUGUCAUACUGCUCAGUGCUGGACAGAAAACUCUGAGGAGUAAAUGGGAGUCCAGAGGAAUCAGGAGGACAUGUCAUUUUAGGUUGCUAUUUUAAAACUGAACAUAAACACGAGAAGAUUUCAAUUCUUGGGGCGUUUAAUUCCUUCAAGAGUUUGACACAAGAACUGUCCGUGCAAAGUUUGAUGAUUGAUGUUAAAAAUAAUUAAUCUGGUUAUUUUAUUUAGGUUUGAUUAGACAGAAAAUGAUGUUUGAUAAUGCAGAAAGACCGGGUUCGCUGUCUACAUAUGAGACUUUUUCACACUUAAAUGCACACCUGGAAAUUUCUAAAGAAACUUCAGGUAAAAUUUCAGGAAAAUUUCAGGCAUUUUUCCAUCCAGAUUGAAUAAAAUAUCACACAAAUAACCCAAAAGACACAACAUUUACAAGCUGUCCCAAUUAGUAGCUGAAGCAGCUGGUCUACAGGGGCGGAUCCAGCAGUCAGUCAGGGGUGGCCUGGCCCUCUUGAAUCCGGCUGGCCACCCCAAAAUCCUCAACUCAAAUUGGCUUUUUCCUUUGUCACAGUCAGUACAUUUACAUGAAACUCGAGAAAACCAAAUUACUGCCUUUCCGAUUAAGACUGGACAACUAAAGUGCAUGUAAACACCUUAGUCCGACGAUAAUCAGAGUUUGAGAACUCCAAUUAAGACACCCAGAUAAUGCCAUUGGAACUCGAUUUUCUCUACCAUGUAACCAGGGUAGUCAGAGUAUAACUGGACAAUGCAUGUGCAUGUGCGCCACCAGAGAAGGAGUGGCACUAUCAUUUAAAGAACUUUUGACUCAGAAGCAACUGCAUCAUGGCUGAAGCACGAAAGAAUGUCAACUUUUGGAACGAUGUCGGGAGAGUGCCGUUAUGCUUUCCGUCCUGACAGAAAUGAACAUUUUAAAGUAUGUGGACGGUCAAAAAAAAGAGGAACGGAGACAUCUUUUAAAAAGGUUCGGAAACUGUGAAAAGACCCAUGUCGCCCCCUAGUUUUGGGGAGGAGGACACGUUCAUGUAAAAUAACUGACUGAUGCUGAGGAUAAUGUUGGGACUUUUUUGAUGUUUUUAAUGCUGGUGACUCAAAAAGGUUCUUAAAGCUCUUUGGCGUCAAUUCUUAUAUCUUGAUCAUUAUUUUAGCACGUGUACCUGCUGCCAACGGUCGGUGUCAGACAAGAGGGUUAACAAUUUGUCCACAGGGAGACGUCAAAAGUUUCUUAGUACCGUAGACUACCAGCUGAUUUGGUGUUGAAUCAUCAGAUCGUCUGAAGAUGUAAGUAGAAAGCUGAGUAUGCGGUUUGAGUUUUAUGUUUGGGACCCAUCAUUAUUUAAUAAAUAGGACAUUAUUAAUCCACUCAGCGUUGUCUUGAUUUGUGUAAUUUUCUCAUGUAGGAUGCGAAAGUUAAUUUUCUGAACUUUGUCCUUUGAUUACUUUUCUGAAAUGGGUUUUAGAGAGCUAAUCAUAAUCACAUCAGAAUUUUCUGACUCAGAGUCGGAGUAAUUGCAUAAAAUCGUUGACAUUGUUCAGUUCAAACAGGCAUCCGUCUCCACUGGCAACCAAAGGCUGGGAGGGCUACACACACACGCAUGCAUGGACACACACAAACUCACAUUUAGUAACAAAGUGCAGCGCAAAAAAAAAUAAAAAAUAAAAAAGCACCAAUAACCCUGUCAGAGAAAUUUUAACUGCCUCUGCAGAGGAGGAAAAAAAAAACAUUGAGAUGAACCCACACAGGCAGCACAUCAGUGGGCUCUCACACAUUAUAACUCCUUUGAUUAAACACAAAAAACAUUUCUGAAUAUCCUCAAGUCAUUAGUCAUUACCAAGGACCAAAAAGCUGCGGCGGCUUUGAAGAGCCUGCUUGCACUUUAUAAACCCAAUAAUUCAGCUGUGUGCGCAGCAAGUCAUCCAAGGCCAUAACAGAGAGGCAGCUCAGUAUCUAAAAUACAGCCCUGCAGAAGUGGAAAAUGUGUCUGCUUUUCUUCUUAACUCUAGUCUACAAAUACAGUUUAUAAUGCAAUGGGAAUAUCACUUAUAAACACUGAGUAUCUGUUUCACUGAGAUAGUAGACUUUAAAGAGGCGUGCAGCAACAUCGCUUAAUAUUAUAUGAUAUAACAGCCAGUUUAAGGCUUUCAAACCAUCACUGAUAUUAAUGACGUCAGAGGCUGUAGGCAGAGGCAGGCCUGUACAGACUCGGCUGAAAAAAAAAACACUGUUUCAUGUGUGAUGUUUCAGUCAGAAUCUAUUUGUAGCAGUAGUUAUGGACACUGCAGCUCUUUGAGAUGGAUUGAAUCACUCGAAUCAGGUCACUGAAAAGAUUCGUUCAAAAAAUUCAAUCACCGAAUCACUCGAGAAACCUUUGACUCUGAUUUCCUGAACUGAUACACAGUAGUGUUAUGUCGUUCUUAAAGGAUUCGUUCAAAAGAACCAAAUCUUUUAAGUGAACGCACUGAACCGAAUCACUUCCUCGAGUGAUUUGUUUGUUUCUCACUUCAGUUGUGCUUAAGUGAGAAACAGCAUUGCCAGGCCAGCAGCCAGUGAACGAGGGACCACAUGCACCGAUGCCUGAAUCACUUGGUGAACAAAUCACGCAUUGAACUACACUCUCUGGAAUCAUUUUUGUCGGACAAAAGUAUCUUUUUUUUUCACUGCUCAAUCACAACAACCUGCAUACAAUAGGACACAGCAUGUAACAAGUAGUGCAUUAAACCCGCAGCAUCCUAUCAUUGCAGCGGUUUGCGAGGGAACAGUUCAUGUUCAGUGUGAAUUCUUCUAAACGUUGAACGAAUCACUCACUGAACGUUUACCCCACAGUACAAUCAGUCUGAGUUACACUUGAACACAACACAUCCCUGUCUCCCUCCGUCGCUCCUGUUAAGAGCUUGCUACAGCUGGUGAGUCUCACUCUCUUCUCAUUACUGCUAUUCAAACAACAGGAAACAACAGUCACCAUGAAAGUGAUAUCCUUCAGUCAAAAAUGGAUCCAGAGAAUGUAGUUCUCUGUGUGAUUCGUUCACCAAGUGAAUCAGGCGUCGGAGUGUGCGGUUCCUCGCUCACCCGGCAGUGCUGCGUGCUAUAGAGGCUGCGCUGCUGGCAGCUCAACUAAAGUGAGAAACAAACGAAUAAAUCACUUGAGGAAGUGAUUUGGUUCUGUUGAAGGAAUCGUUCGUGAACGACACAACACUAUGUAGCAGGAUGCGUUUCUUUCUAGUAUGUGAUUUUAUUCCAAACCUCUUGGCUGAUCCAAUGUCCUGUAUCAAAAGGAGGCUCAGGGGUGGCCAAUUAGAAGUGGGGCAAGGCCACCCCUGACGAACUUCUGAAUCCGCCCCUGUGAAAACACAUCCAAACACAAUAAUCCAUUUUAAUCAUGUCAUUGCAAAUCAAGCCACCACUAUUACAUAUCAAACUAGUUACAAACUCUAAAUUCUUAAUGUUUGCGUGAACUUUAAGCUGGUCUCGGGUCUGCAUGCUGACAAGCCACUCGAGGCCGAGCUUUCAAGCCGUCUGAGUUCAAAUGAGAGGUGAUGUUAACACAAAACUGAGUGCUUUUCCUACGGCACUAACCGCACGGUAAAGCGCCGCCUCAAGUGGCUUGUUGCUUUUUUAUAAAUAGCUGUAACACUCAACAUUACAGUAAGUGGAGCACGAAUUAAAUAAAUCUUUCAUAGCCUUAAAUCAAUAGCAUAAUAAUAGCAGUACAUUAGCAUAAGUGUUAGCUUUAAUAGGAAGCGCUCAACAAUCCUCUAACGCUUCAGUUCAGCUUAUUUUCAGAGGUCUAAAGCCCUGUGUGGCGGCUUCUGACAGCUGACUGUAGAUAUAUGUGUGUGGGUGGGUGGGUGGGGGGUUACAAAACGGGGGAGGUGAGUUACCAGAAAGAACUGGUGCGGGAAUCUUGUUCUUCCUCAAUACCUUUGCAGCUGUUGUCUGCAUGUUCACACACAAGUGACGAGGUGUUAAAGAUAGCAGACGGCCAUCAGUCCAGUGUGUCAGCCAGAAACUCUGUCUGCGGAUAUAUUUAUGACAAAAUAUAAUAUUUUAAGUACAGCAGCUCCUUUCAAAAUAAACUCAAACAGACAUAUAUUUAUUCAAAGACACAUUUCCGUUCGAUAGAGCAAGGAAUAAUGUCGCAUAUUGCAGCUUUAAUUCAAGUGUGACGAACAUGGCUCAGUCAAUAAGCUCCUUAUUGAGUUUAAAGGUAGACGAAGCUCGAUUGUUAUGAUAUCCUGAUCACUGAUACCAAUCUUAGCUCACUGACUCAUAGCUGUUGAUUCACAGUUAUAAAAAAAGAGCAUCAGAAGAGUGUAUUUCAAGCUUGUGUCACUUCUAUAUUUGAGAUUCAACUCCAUCAAGACACACUCGACAAACAAGGUUGGAUUAACGUGAUAGAACAAAUCCGAUCUGGUUAUCUCGGAGGAGGAUUGACUAAAUAUGUGUUCUGUACACCUUCCCCAGCUCAGGUCUUUGGAGGGAUCAUCUAAUUAGAUUUUUUUAACAGCCUUGAAAAUCAAAUGUGUACAAACAGCUGAGGUUGGAAGAGGUCCGUGUUCAAAAUGUGGAGAUGAACUGGCAGGAUGUUUUGGAUAUUUUCACAUAUUAUGGAGCUUCCCAAAAAUCAGGGCUGGGAGGUAUUGUGGCUCACCUCCCAGCGCAAGAUAAAUACUUGUUGAAGUUUUUAUUAGUGGGAAGUAAAAGUACAAACAGGAAAAUGGUGGCAGUCAAACCCGAGUGUGUUGUGUGUUGGCCUUUAAGCAAGCUUGGCACAUUGAGACUGGCACAUUUUUAUCCUGAUAAAGAGACAUUCAGCUUUUUAUUGAUGCAUAGUGUUUGGAGAUGCAAGUAUUUAACCCUCUUGUCACAAUACAUUAUGAUACUACUUUUGGUAUGGAUUCGAUUCAGGGAUGCCAGAAGACAAGGGCACCAUCACCACUAUCUUCUUAGUCAUGUGACCCAAGAACAAAAAUUAGAAAAUAACAGCUGACUUUUAUUUUAGAUAUAGAUUAAAUUUUAGUUAUCAUUAGAUCCCCUUGAUGCUGUUCUGACUUUUAAAAAGUUUAUGAAGUUACAGUGCUAGAUGUCUCGUGCAUAAAUGAACAUGUCCGUCAAUUUGAAUAGUCCCUAAUUGUUUCUGCGCUAAGAGGCGUUUCACAAACUCUCUUAAAAGUGUGAUUAAAUAAUCAAUCAUUCCUGCAUGAAAUGAUCAUGUUUAACAAGCACAACCGAAAACAAUGUCAGAUAGUACGAAAAAAAGACAGAUUCGAUGUUUAAACCUCGCUGAAUUAGUGUUGAAAUGAACCGUGUCAUCGUGAACGUAAAGGAAAAACAGUUUCCGUGUCAUUUCAGUGGAGCUGUUGUACCCCGAGGUGGUUAAAAUAUUGAUAUCUCUGUGUCGUGCCAUAAAAUGUCACCACCCCGCCUUCUCCUGCAAUAUCUUGCAAAUUGCAAUGUCACCCUCAUUUGCAUGGGAAAGUAAAAAGGUGACGCGUGUGUUCGACGUACACUCUCUCUCACACACACACAUCAUCACACAUGCUCAUUGCAGCCAGCUUGAAAGUAAAAUUGCAGUUUCAAAGAAGAUAUAUAUGCAGAAGCCUCCCUAUAAAUGUUUUAUGGGGAAAGUAAUUGACAAUCCCAAAAGGAAUUUACUUUAUCAAAUAGUCAGCCUGUUUCCUGCCCACAAUUCAUACAGCGAAUACUGCUUUCUCCAUACUAAUGAGAUUUAAAAAUGCCUCCUCCUCCUCCCUCCUUCUCUCCUCCUCCCUUUAUACAAAGAAACACGGCUUUAAUAUUUUUCAGUUUUAAGGAGUAAUUCCUUCCAUGGCUCAAUGAAAAAAAAAAGUAUUGAAAAAGCUUUUUUGUUCCAUUAAACGAGCUAAUCUGAAAGCCUAAAAUGUCUAUUGAUGUCUCUCUCCCUCCUCCGCCGCAGAAUAGAUGCGGAAAAAGCGAAUCAAUUCAAAUUGGGUGCCUGCCAUCUUCACUAGUUGUGAAAUUUCUCUCAGAUAUAAACUCCCAAAAGAUGGACUGGGUUGCUUUAAUUUAGUUCUUAUUUUCUUUCACAAAUGGAGAAGUUGCAUCUUGUCCUUCAGCUGAAACAGAAAAUAUAAAUCUCCACCUGGGAUGAACAGGAACAAUCUUAGAUCAAUCGUCGAUGUACAAAUAUGAUAAGAAUUAUAACACGUUUGAAAGACAGCGUUCGCUCUGUAAUUCAAGGGCUCUGGCUCAACCUUAGGGUGUCCUUGUUAUAACGAACUGCUCACUAUACAUUAUCCUAAAUUCUUAAAGGGAUAUUCCAGCGUAAAAUUCAUUUAGAGUCAAACACACCAUAACACCAAGUUAGACACCCCUUCAAGACCGACUGCUUGCUUCUCUAGUUAUACCAACUUUAUCAAUGACUGCGCGGCAGCACUACACAACGGUCUACGUCUCCACGCACAAACCUCGACCAAAACGCCACUCUAUAGCCACAAAUAAUGCUCAGAACAGCACCUAACUUCAUCAACAGGACAUAUAGGGUCACAGUCAUAGUACUAGCCACCAAACAUCUUUAUAACUUUGCCUGAUUUAUUUAGCAAAGAGACUAAACACAACUCACCUACUCUCUUCCAGCAGCCGCUUAUUUGUAGUAAGACCUCAGGCCAGUCCAUUACAGACUACAGCGGGGUGACAAAGCUCAAGGAAGAACAUUUAUGAUCAUUUCUUCAAGGAAAUGCAAUCAGACCGAGACACUAAGGCAGAAGAACUACUGUGUCUGCAGUGCAAAAUGGUUAAUAUGGUGAUUAUUACUUCAAGGAAACGAUAAAGAAAUGAUCAUAAAUGUUCUUCCUUGAGCUGUGGCACCCCGCUGUAGUCUGUAAUGGACUGGCCUGAGGUUUCCAUACAAACAAACGGCUGCUGGAAGAGAGUAGGUGAGUUGUGUUUAGUCUCUUUGCUAAAUAAAUCAGGCAAAGUUAAAAAGAUGUUUGAUGGUGGCUGUGGUGACCCUAUAUGUCCUGUUGAUGAAGUUAGGUGCUGUUCUGAGCAUUAUUUGUGUCUAUAGAGUGGCGUUUUGGUUGAAGAUUGUUCAUGGCUCCUCAGACCACUGUGUAUUGCUAUCGUGCGGUCGUUACUAAAGUUGGUAUAACCAAAGAAGCAAGCGGUCUGCAACAUUUAUCUCUCAAGGGGGUGUUUAACUCGGUGUUACGGUGUUUGACCCUAAAUUAAUUUUACGCUGGAAUGUCCCUUUAAUUAAUCCAGAUCAGAAAAAAAUAGAAAAUGAUCAAAUUGAACCAGAUGGAAACAGUGAGUUACACCUCAGUUACACAGUCAGCCUUCAUAAAAUGAGAAAGCAGGGGGAUGCGCAGAUGGUUGAGCAGGUUAGCGCGCCCCACCUUGGGGACUACGAUUUGAGUCCAGCCCCGACCAUGUGCUGCAUGUCCUCCCCCCUCUCUAUCAAUCCCCCUAUAUUUCCAACCUGUCCUUUCAAUCAAAAAGGCAAAAACUCGCCAAAAAAAUACUUAAAAAAAAAAAAAAAGCACUAGCAUAACAGUGGAAGCAUAAACAUCAGCUUUAGUCAUCCUUGCCACUCAUCAGAUUAUUUUGCCACCUUGACAGGGGUGCAGAUAACAAUUUUAGUAGGAUUUGUUGUAUCUCAUGGUUGUUGUUUUCUUUAUUUCAUAGAUGAUGGAAGAGUCUGAGGCGUGUUCGCUGCCCGGCGGUCUGGCCAGUGUGAAGAAACAGUUUGAGAACCAGGAGUUCACCUCUUCGUCUUCCCAGUCCAGCGUCACCCAGUAUCACUUUGAGCAGAGAUCCGUACAGGUAAGGAUGAAGUCAGUGGUGUUAGAUUUGGGGGCCCAGGCCACCUCUUGUUAUUCCCUUGGAUACGCCCCUGGAGAGGAUAAAAAACUGUCCUGUAGUACCAGAUUAUGAAAGUGCCAGAAUGUUUUUGUCCUUUUAGUCCAGCUGAGUGUCUAAAUGAUUAAAAUUCAACUGUAGUUCAUUAUCUAAAAACUUGGCUGCUUUGCUGCGUCUCCACUGAGUUCUUGUAGGUCAAAUCGAAGAAUGCGCCUCAAACUUUGCCCGCCUCUGCGCCGCUGUCAUCUGGUGCAUGAGGGAAAAUGCCAGAGCAUGUUAGCAGCUUGGGACCGCGCUGAGUCUCAGUGAAGUGAGGUCAUUUAAGCCCCUCCAUGCCUUCUUCCCAUCUGCUUAUUCAGGCGGGAGACAGAGUGGAUUCACCGAGCGCACAAGGGCCUCGCUGAAUGCUAAAUUUUACAUCAAGUUUCGUGAGGGGAGGAAGUGUCUGUUUGAUCGAGUUAUUGCUUCUCCUCCGCAACAGAAAACCACUUUUCGCUCAAGUUUUUUUAUGCAGGUGUAAUAUCCGACUUCUGUUUUAAAACCCAGUCAUACAUCAGGAAAGAUAUUAUUAUUCUGACAUAAGUGGUUUCUGGAGUAGAGAGCAUGUAUCUUUCAUGUUAACAGAAGAAGAUACAAGCUCAAAUAUUAUAUUUCUCUUUCAUCUCCUACAAAUUGCAUGAGUCUCGCUGGAGGAAACGGCUGAUGCAGUUUUGUACAGUUUUUGUAAUCUGUUGCUCGAUCUCUUCAGCGAUGAAAUCCUCCUUUAGUGGAAUUAAACUCCGUAGUUCCCAAGAAAGCAGCUCUGUAAUAGGAAAACAUCUGUUACCAGCCACAAAGGACUUCUGUUGAGUUUCAUGAUAUCAAGCGUACACACUGUGCCACUGUUUCUUCUGUUCAGCCUGAACACAGGCAAAAAAUACUGUCUGCAGUGGCUGUUUAAGGGGCUGGGGCAAAAAUAAUUAAAGUAUCAAUACAAGAAAAGCAUCUAGAGGGCACUUUUUUACAUUUUAUCCACUUGAAGGUCAUCCAAGGGAUACUUUUAGACUUUUCCGCCACUGGAAGUGCAUCCAGUGUGCCAAUUUUUAUCUUACAUCCACUUUUUUUUUUCUUUUGCUCAAAGGGCACUUAGUUUAUGUAUCAUAUCUUCCAGGAGGGCAUCCAGAGUUCACUUUGUUUUUGUUCAAUUCUCUGGUAGGGCAGUAAUAGUGUACUUUGUUUGCCUUUAACAAUUGAAUGGGCAUCUACAGGGCACUUUAUAUGUUUUUUUCUAUGUAAAGGGAUCCACGGUUCACUUUUUUUGUUUUAUCCAAUGAAAGGAAAUCCAGAGGGCACUUUGUUCACAUUUUAUCCACUUGAAAGGCAUCCAAGGUGUAAUUUUAGAUUUUUUCCCCCAUUAGAAGCGCAUCCAGUGUGCCAAUUUUUAUCGUACAUCCACUUUUUUUUUGCUUAAAGGGCACUAGGUUUAUGUAUAAUAUCUUCCAGGAGGGCAUCCAGAGUUCACUUUGUCUUUGUUUAAUCUGCUGGUAGGGCAGUAAGAGUGUACUUUGUUUGCCUUUAAUGAUUGAACGGGCAUCUAGGGGGCCCUUUAUACAUAUUUUUUCACUGGAAAGGAAUCCAGGGUUCAAUUUUUUUGUUUUUAUCCAAUGAAAGGACAUCCAGAGGGCUCUUUGUUUUUCUUGUUCAAAGGACACUUAGUUUAUGUAUCAUAUGUCCCAGGAGGGCAUCCAGAGUUUACUUUGUCUAUGUUAAAUCCUCUGGUCGGGCAUUAAGAGUGUACUUUGUUUGCCUUUUCCCCCUUUUUUUUACUUGGAAGGAGAUCCAGAGGGCACUUUGUUUUUCUAACUGCCUGGAAGGAGAAGAACAUCCGAAGAGUGCACAUGUUUAUUCACUGGAAGGGUGUCCAGAGUGCACUUUAUGUUUUAGCUGCUAAGUGGGGAAUCUACCCUGUUUUUUUUCUACUGUAAAUGUACCAGUGUUGCACCUUAUACCUGGAAGAGCAUCCAGAGUGAACCUUGUUCUGUUUUUAUCCCACGGAAGAGCAUCCAGGGAACUAUUUUUUAAACAUAAUUUGAAUUUAAUGUCAUCAGAAGGGGCAUUUCAUCACAUUUCAAACACUACACUGCAUUCUUCCUGCCUCUGAGUACACUUCCUUGUGAUUUUCUUUUUGUUUGUGCAGCAUCUGUGAUUCGUGUCCCUGUUGUCUCUGUUUGAUAGGAGGUGUCGAGCUCCUCAGAAGUUACAGUGAGAAGCAGUGUCAGAGAAGUGGUCCCCGCCACAGCCAUCCGAACCCAGAAUCAACAAGAGGUACAGUACCUGCUCUCAAACUUUUGUGUUUUUUUAGAACUUUUUGUGUUGGGAUUUUUGCACUCUAAACUCCCUGAUGAGCUUUUAUCUCCUCCCCGAUUAAACACUACAGGAAAGCUGUGGACUAAUGAUGUACCGCCGUCUUUUCACAGGUGAUCCAAGAUGAAAGAGUCCAACACAACGUGGCGGCAAGUUACGGGAGCCAUUACAAUGAAACAGGUUAUUCUUCUCAUGCCUUUAAUAUUGUAAUUUGCACAUUUUUAUCACAGCUCUGCUUGUGUCCUGUAUAUUAAUGAUUGUUCCCACCACUGCUGAAUAAGGGAUGAACCAUGAAAAGGCCUGCAGAUGAUUUUCUAUUCAGCUCAUAGCAGAAAAUCUAAUCAGGGCAGAGUCAGGAAGGUAAAACAUUGGAAAGUGGAAAUUGGGCAAUCACUGCUGCAUGGUUUCAGAAAAUGAAAACUACUCAGGUUUUUUAAUGAAAUGAUUUAUUUCUCUUUCCGAUCCCCCCUUCUGAGCCCCCUCACCGGGAAUGACUUAAUGAGACAGCCUUCUUCUUGUGUCUAAUUCAGUUAUGCUCGUCGGAGGAGAGGACCUACCAAAGGUUUCCACUCAAGCUUUGAAGCAGCAGUAUGAAAAGACUAUUGAGGAAGCCACGCCAGCCAAGGAAAUUAAGGUAAUGAUGCCUUCUGUUUACCUAAACAGAUGAUGGUUGUUGUUCUGUGAGGUGUCAGUAAGAGGAUGACGCCACAUCAUGAAAUCAUCAAAAGGAAAUUGCACUUGCCAGAAGCUGACGAAGAAUAAAUUAGUAUAGAUUAAAAAAAAACUCAUGUCAUUGCAGCAAAACUCAGGAGACUUCACAUAAAAGCGAGAAUUCAAGCUACUGCCUGCUUUGUAAGUGAUGUUCAAUGAAGGUUUCAAUCAAGUCAGUAAUUAGGAGCGGGCAUGACUGAAAAUGUCUCGAGAAGCAAACUCAAGAUCUAAAGCCACCAAAAGUACCAAGGACUUUAACUUCUAAAAAGUUGAGAAAUAUCUCUAAAAAAGGGUUUUCCAAUCAUUCAACCCUAUUCUUUGUAAUUGGAAAUGGCGCAAAGACAACAAAACAAAUGCUGAAACUAAAAGAUAUGCUCAUUAAAAUUUCAUCCUGGCAACUUGUUUCGAAAAACUGAACAUCUUCAGAUAAAUUAGAUCAACUUGCAGCAAGUUGAGUGCUGCAAGAGUACCUGUACUUUCAAAUACAGACAAAAGGACUUUGUGCAGACCCUGGUUCAACUCUUCUUGGUUCAAAGUAUAAUUCUAUUUAGUAAAUAACCUUGUGAAGUGCUGGAAAGACUCUUUUGUUCAAGACAUCUACGCUGAGUGGACAGGGUUGUGCAAAAGUCCUGGAAUUGGUCACAGGCAGUGGUGUACAUCACUGUUUCCACUGCUACUUAAACUACAGUAUGAGCAUCUGGCAGGGUGAAGAUAACAGAUGGUACCAGUAAAAUUCCUCUCAUGGAAAUAAAUCUAAAACACGAUUUUUUUCCAAAUUUGAUGGUUUUGCUUCCAGCCCCAGACACGCAAUUUUACUCAGUUGCACAAAUCAUAGAGCAAACUUUUAUCAUAAUCGUUUUAGCUUGAAGAUAAAUAAUUUCCCUGAUUAUUCUUUUCCUCAAGCUUUCAUUUUCUGUUCUUUAUCUCAAUUUUCUGCCUUUUUCUUUCUUCUCUUCAUCAUUUACAUUCUUUCCUUUUUUCCCAAACUAAAAACACAAACAAACUCCAGGUUGAUGUGGAUUUGAGCCAGUUUCAAUGGACACCUGUAAAUCAGUCCUCUAAAACCUCAGCCGUGACAAGCUACGACAGCACCUCGACUAUAAAGACCGCUGCCGCCUCAUCGGCAGCAUCCACCUCUUCGUCGGCCUACCAAGUACCCGACAGUUUCCCUCCUCCGCCUGCAAACCUACUGCAGGAAACACCUUCUCAGUAUCAGGAGCAGGCCUCCCAACAAAAGCACACUCUCAACAAAGAGCAGUACUUCAAGCACAAGAGUAUGGCCGAGCUGAAACGCCUUUACAAGCAUAUUCACCCAGAAGUCCGCAAGAACCUGGAGGAAGACUACUUGAGUCAUCUCACUGAGGAGGAGAAGCAGGACUUGGAAAACGUGGAGGUGGUGGGCGAAGUCCAGCAGGCGUGCUAUAUGUUCGAAAACGACGGCAACGCAUCCAGUCAGUGUUCUAGCCCUGACAGAGAGUCCGUGGAAUGGGACGAGAUCCUUAAAGGGGAAGUGCAGUCCAUGCGCUGGAUGUUUGAGAACAAACCGCUGGAUACGAUCAAAGAUGAAACUCCAGAUGAGAAUGAGGAGAGGAACAUCGCCCAGCAGGAAAUCAUUGCUGGGAAAGAUGUCAGAUACACAGCUUGGAUGUUUGAGACACGACCGAUGGAUGCUCUCGGUACGGAGACCGCUGAGUCAACUGAGCAGUCUGAAAAGUCAGCUGAACUCGCAAGAGGAGACGUCCGAACUGCUACAUGGCUCUUUGAGACACAACCACUUGACUGCCUGAACAAGAUCUACCAAGAAGACGAGCAGGAGAUGGAAGUCAUUGUCUCCAAAGACAUCACGGGUGGCGAUGUGAAAACCGCGAGGUACCUCUUCGAGACUCAGCAUCUGGAUUCUCUGGGUAAAACAGAAACCUUUGAGGAAAGCCACUUCUUGAAUCUGAAAUCUGAGCUGGAAGAGAUUAAAGGAGAUGUGAAGACAACCACUCGCAUGUUCGAGACCCAGCCCAUGUGCGUGAUAAGAGGGGAUUCUGGAGAGAUGCUUGAGAUCACCACCAUCCGUAGGGAGGAGACCGAAAAAGGAGACGUCAAGACAUCCCGCUGGAUGUUUGAAACCCAGCCUCUGGACAUGAUUAACAAAGAUCCUGCGCAGGUUAAACUCAUCUGUAGUAUUUCCAUGGAGGACAAUGUCCAAUGCGGUGUGAAUAAAGGGAGGUGGCUUUUUGAGACAAAGACUCUCGACAGCAUCAAGGACGAGGAAUGGGAGAGCACCAGAAAGCAAAAGGAAGAAGUUAUUGGCGCCGACGUGAGGAGGCAUUGUCUGGUGUUUGAGACUCAACCGAUGGACACUUUAAAAGACAACACCAAUGCAAGACCUGUACCUUCAGAGGAAAUUGUAGGAGGGGAUGUUCAAUCCGCUAAACAUCUGUUCGAAACAGUCCCAAUGGAGGACCUGAAAGAACUGCUAGAGGUGGGGAAACUUAAGAAAAUGGUUGCAUCAGAAGAAGAAAAGGGUGAUGUAAGACACCAAAAAUGGGUCUUUGAAAGCCAGCCGCUGGAGAACAUACGGGAAGAAAAGAAGGAGAUCACAAAAACCGUGAAUGUUGAAGCUCUGGACAAAGUAGAUGUGACAAACUAUAAAGAAAGGUUUGAGAGUAUGGACUUGAGUAAGUGCGAAGGGGCGCAGAAAAUUCAAGUUGAGGGUGUCACGAGUGGGUCUGUGAAGUCCAACAGAGUCCUGUUUGAGUCUACACCCAUGUAUGCAAUGCAAGACAGCUCUGGUCAUUACCAUGAGGUCAGGACCGUGAGGCGUGAGGAGAUCGUGAAGGGCGACGUGAGGAGCUGCAGGUGGAUGUUCGAAACGCGUCCAAUCGAUGAGUUUGAUGAAAGCAUUAACAAGUUCCAGCUCAUUAAGGGGAUUUCCAAAGAGGAGAUCGAGUCGGGGGAUGUCAAAACUGCCAAGUGGUUGUUUGAAACGCAACAGCUCGAUGCGAUCAAAGCAUUUAAUAAUGUCGAGGAUGAAGAAUGUACCACCAAGGAAAAUAUCGAAAUACAAAAAGGCGACGUUAAGACCUGCAGGUGGUUAUUUGAGACUCAACCGAUGGAUGUUCUGUACGAAAAGGUGGAAAAGAGCGAGACGGACGUUGAAGAGGUGCAAAAAGGUGACGUCAAAACAUGCACUUGGCUCUUUGAAACCCAAACCCUUGACAACAUUCGCGAUCACACCGAGUCCGAGUCGGAAACUAUUCUCAAAACAUGCACAGUGAAGCAAGAGGACGUCCAUGGAAAAGACGUGCGACUGGCCCGCUUCCUUUUCGAAACGGAGAAACUUGAAAACCUCACGGGUGAGGACAGCGGUUCCUUCAGGAGGGUCACAGAAAUCGACAUCCAGUCAGGCGACGUUUCCAGGAUGAAGUUCAUCUUUGAGAACCGCUCUACGGACAUAAUGAGCUCCACGUCUGAGGAAAUGAUGCAGAGGUUAAAGACUCAGCAAGCUGAGGACAUCCAGAAGGGGAAUGUAGUGAACUGUACCUGGAUGUUUGAGAAUCAGCCGAUUGAUGAGAUUCGCGAGGAGGCAAAAGAGAUCCGCACUGUGACAGACGUUAAAGGAGGCGAUGUCGACAAAGGCCGUUUCAUUUUUGAGACGUACUCUCUGGAUAAAAUUAAAGACGAGUCCUCUGAGACAGACAUUUCUAAGAUCACGAGUAUCUUCACAGAUCAAAUAGAGAGGGGGGAUGUAAAAAACUACACCAUGAUGUUUGAAACUCAGCCACUGUAUGCAAUCCGGGACAAAGAGGGCCAUUACCAUGAAGUAACCACGGUUACAAAGGAAGAAAUAAUAAGAGGAGAUGUGGUGGGGGCCCGAUGGCUGUUUGAAACCAAACCUUUGGAUUCAAUUAGAGAUUCAGAGGAAGUCUAUGUUAUUAAAGCUGUGACAGAGGAAGGGAUCAAUAAAGGAGACGUCAACUCGGCGAGGUGGAAGUUUGAAACGCAACCCCUGGAUGAAAUUGCAGAGGAUAUCAAAGUGAGGUCCAAAACAGUCGCAGAUAUCCAAGGAGGUGAUGUAAAAACAAACAAGCAGCGGUUUGAGACUGACGAAAUGUCUCAAAAGUACAUCAGAACUGUGAGCGUGAGCGAGAUCCAGAAAGGCGACGUCAGAUCUGCCACAUGGAUGUUUGAGACGCGCACCAUUGAUGAGAUCCGCGGCGAAGGCGCCGAGUAUGAUGGCAUGGAGAGGGUGACAAAAGAGGAAGUAAUGAAAGGGGAUGUCAAAGAGUCUGUGUGGCUGUUUGAGAAGCAGCCCCUGGACAGAAUCAAAGACGCAGACAGCACAGAGCUGAUUGUCACAAAAGAAGAAAUCCCACAGGCCGAUGUGAAGACAACGACGUGGUUAUUUGAAACCACUCCAUUCCACGAAUUCAACGAGAGCCGAACAGAGAAGACAGAAAUAAUAGGAAAGAGCAUCAAAGAGACUCUGGAGGAGCUUUACUGUCAAAAAAUGGUGGAGUCCCAAGGUAUUCUCAUUGAGACGGACGAGAUCGGGGAUGUCCGUAUGGCUAAGUACAAACUCAUGAGCCAAGAGGCGCCACAGAUCCAAAAAGAAGAGAUCAUCAGAGGGGAUCUGAACAACAUAAUGAUGAAUCUCCUCAAUCGCAGAGAGGCCACUGAGAGAGGGAUAACUAUUGACGAGGAGGAGCGGGGUAAUAUCAACACCACGGUGAAGCAGCUAUUCAGUCAGGAAAAGGAAAUAAAUGUGGAAAAAGAGGAAAUUAUCCGCGGCGACAUUCAAGAAGCAAUCAACAAUCUGCUCAAGAGCGAGGGCUCCUCCAAGCGAGGCAUCCUCAUUCAGGAGGAUGAGAAAGGUGACGUUAAACUGACGAUCUACUCGCUGCUAAAUAAAGGAGAGAGGGCCAGUUUGGAAAAAGAGGAUAUUAUUCAAGGUAAUGUCAGCAAAACCCUUCAUCGGCUUUUGUCCAACUCAGGAGACGAGGACUCGAAAAAGAUACGCGUUAAAGACACAGAAAGAGGUAAUGUCAGCUUUUACUCGACGUGCAUCGAGUCUGGGGCUCUCGAUUACCUGAAGCAGCUUCAGUUCGAGCCGGAUGAAACACAGGAAACUGUAGAAAAAGAGCACAUCAUCGGCGGUGAUGUUGAAGAGACCAAGAUUAUGCUGCGGAAGAAGCAGCAGAUCGGUCGCACAGUGGCGCAGGAUGAUAUAGUUCCUGGAGACGUACAUCGCACUGUUGAAGUCUUUAUGAAGGAGCCGGCUGUUACCUAUAGAAACCUUGAGAAAGAGGACAUUGUGAAAGGUGAUCUCAAUGCAGCCUUGGACUCCCUUACUCAAGCUAUCAAUCAGAAAGUGGUAAUUGAGAAAGAAGAAGUGGUAAAAGGGGAUAUACCCAACACUCUGAGGUCUCUGGAGGAGGCCCAACAUCAAGCCAAAGAAAUAGAAAAGCCAGAGAUUGUCAGGGGAGACAUUAGAAGUGCUUUGGAAUCACUUGAAAAAUCUGCAACUACCUCCACAGAAGUGACUAUUGAGGAUUUAGUGGCAGGUGAUAUCAAAGGGACCCUGAAGUCUUUGGAGGAGGCCAAGCAAGCUAUAAAAGAAGUCGAGAAAGAAGAGAUCAUCAAGGGAGACAUUCACACCGCCAUGCAGAGUUUACACGAAGCGUCAAGCGAGAAAAAGAUUUACCAGCAUCAAGUCAGUGAACAGGGGGAUGUUAAAGCAACUAUCCAGCUUUUGCUUGAGCCAACAACGUCUCCGAGAUUGCAGCGCCGGGGAAGCAUCGAAGGAGAUGUAAAAACAUCAAUCAAAAGUCUCUACGAAGGACAAGAUUCAACUCAAGUGGAAAAAGAGGAGGUGGUGAAAGGGGACGUUCAAGGGACGAUAAAGUCUCUAAUGCAACGAAAACAGUACUCAAAUACAAAACGUAUGUAUCCGUCAAAGAAAGCCAAAGCGCCUGCGAAGAAUCCAUUAACGCCAAAGCAGGCAGAGCAUGAAAGCCCACAUGAGGAAAAGAGUGAGGGUGUAGCAGUCAAUCCGGCUCCCGCUGUGAAAAACCUCUCCAGGAGCAGUGAGUCACAGAAGCACACACAGAGGCACCAGGAAAGCAAAUCAGUGAAAACACAGGUAAUAACCCAAGAGGAGCACUCUGUUACUGUAGCCAAAACAGACAAUACCGCCGGGGCCUCUCAGCAGCAGAAGAGCAUUAAGGAACAGAAGCAGAAAGCGCUGCCUCCUCCGAAAAUACAACCCCCUAAGCCUGUUAUAAUAAAGAAUAAACAAACGGCUAAUAACGAUCAAACCGAGACUAAAUCGGCUGACGUGAAUGUGAUGAAAGAGGUGCAAAACACGUCGCAGACAAAUAUUUCAAACAAGCAAAUAUGUGAAACAAAGACGAUCAAACAGGUGCACACGACAGUGAUGGAGAAAACUGUCACGCAGAAGCAAAAUGUGACGGUAUCAGAGCAAUCCGCUCAGAAGCAAACAGAGAAUAAGGCGCUCACACAAAAGCAGAACGUCAAAAAUAUGAGGAGUGAUUACCGGAGCCUUGACAUGAAAGGAAAAGGCGCGAUCAAAAAGGCAAAGCCUGAGAUUCACUUCCCUCCUCCCCCUUCCUCGCCACCUCCACCCUCGGAGUCUGAGCUCUCCCUCCCUCCUCCGCCAUCGCCAGUUCUGGAGAGCCCAGUGUCUCCCACAUCCAGGCCCUCCAUCAUGAGGCAGGACAGCGACCUUCCACCUCCUCCUCCUCCGCCUCCCCUGGAAUGCUCAAAGUCGGAGCCUGAUUUCUUCCCACCUCCACCACCUCCUCCACCUUUGGCCUCUGUGAGCGGACAAGAUUUCCUCCCUCCGCCUCCGUCACAGCAAGAGCUAAACGCCAUGCCUCAGCCUCCCGCUGCAAAACAAGCGAAACCCAUCGGUAGGCCUUUAUUCAAAAUUCCUAAGCAACCAGAGGCACCGAAGCAACCCAUACACGUCAAACCCAAAUGGCAGAAAAAGGAGCGGACUCCUCCACCCCCUCCUCCACCUCCACCUCCUGCUCCUCCUCAGGUCCCUGCUGAGCAAGAAACAGCAGCACCAGCAGAGCGCAAAGAAGAAGUAAAAGUUCAAGAAGUGAAACAGGAAAUAUCACAGCAGAUUGAAGCAAGCAAGCAGAUCCAGUCUGAAUCCGCUGUGAUGUCGAGAACAAAAAUACCGAGCAUCCAAAAAGAAAGCCCACAACCGCCCAGAAAAGCGUUUGUCCCUCCAGUGAAACUUCCUCCAACACCUGAACCUGCUGCUGCUCCAAAAGCAAGACCUUAUGCUCGCAAAUUCAAAACCCCACUCAUGCUCGCGGAGGAAAGGUUUCGCCAACAACAGAUGGAGAAGGAGGAAAUGGAAAGGAGUCGAGUGACGACUCCCACUUCUCCGAGGCCUUCCUCCGCUGCGAGUGCUGAGCUUCCAGUGCAGAAAACUGAGCAAGAAGUGGCCACAGAGGUGACUCAAGUACAAACAGAAGAAACAAAAACCGCCUCUAAAGAGGUUUUCAUGGCGCAAGACUCUCCAGUCAAGAAGAUCCCAUCCCAGAUUCCUCUGGGCAAACCUUCCAUUUCAGUGGCGAAUAAGAAAAUUGCCCCUGGGCCGUCAAAUGUUUCCACAGACGUAAAACACACAGCGAGCGACAUCGCCUCAGAAAAAGUGCAUACCUCCGCUGAUAUCAUCAAGAAGAGUAAAACCCCUCCCAAGAAACAGACCGUUUCUGUUUCAAAGUCGCACCAAGAAGCUGCAAAUAUUGACACCAAGCUUUCCUCCAGUGUGGUCACCUCUUCGGUCACGGAGCAGCAGUUUAUUAAGAAGUCCAGCACCAAGUCUAUCACUGCCACACAGAGCGCUGUCCAGGAAAGUGUAAAUCUUCAAAGCCAGGCCGCGGUCACAUUGAAAGCCGAAGAUGUAAAGAAUAUUAAUGUGCCUCUGACACAGGAGGGGAAAACGAGUCCCUCUAUGCCCACUAAAAUCCCAAAAGUUACCCCGAGUUUCAAGGUGAAAACGUUUAAGAUGCCGGCUGAGAAGAAAGAGGAAAAGUCUGACACUGUCGAACAAAAGGAAGUAAUGAAAAGUGACGUGCAUUUACAGCAAGAGAAAAGCAAUGUGUCGCUGAAAAGUGAAACCAAAGUGAAGGAGAGCAGCCAGGUGAUGUCAGCGAGAAGUGAGAUAAAAACAGAAGUGAAAAGCCAGGGGAAAAAGUGUCAGAUGACCCUCCCUGUGAAGGAAAUGGAAGUGGAGGUUAAUGUGAAAAAAGGGAAACAGGUGCAAAAGAAUGAGGCUGAAGUAAAGCUGUCGCCAUCGGUUACCGUUUUAAUGCCUAAGGUGGCUAAGAUAACAUCUGCAGCUACCCAUCAAGGACAAGGCCAUGUUUCUGUCUCCCACAGCCAGCAGAGCGUGAAGGCGGAGCACAUCCAAAAACAUGAGGAGGUGGUCGUGACUGAAAAUGUGGUGCAGCAGAGCCUCCAAAAGACGGAGGCUGUUCAUGUGCAAAAGCAGCAAGUUAAGGUACAAGCAGGGGAAACAAACAAAAUUCAGAUCAAGGGGGCAAAGCCAAAGAGUGUAUCAGUGAAAGGGGUUGGAAAAAUGAGCCAGAAAGAGGAGGCUAAAUCAGAGGAGAUCACAGAUUCAGUCAAAUAUAAUGUAAUGCAGAAGCUGCUCACUGAAAUAAAAGAGCUUGAGGGCACGCCAAGCAGAAUCGACUCCAACACGGUCGCAACCAUUAUAAACGAAAUCCCCGACUGGAUGAUGGGAUCCGAUGAGAAGAAGAAUUUGGGUGAAAUUGCCAGACAGCAGAGCAAGAAAAAGUUGAAAGAGAUGAUGGCCUAUGUGAGAAAUAUUGUUCAAGCCAAGCUCACAUUUUUGGAAGUUAACUUGGCAGCCGUGGAAAAGCAAGAAAAGGCAGAAGAAGAACCGCCGCUGCCUCCACCACCACCACCAGCGCCAGUGUCAGCAUCAGCACCACCAGUACCUCCAAAGCCAGAGAAGAGCGUCACCGCAGCGACCACAAAAAUAUCCAAGAUUAGCAUUGGCUCUUCCAAAAUAGAAAAGAAAGUGAUGGAGGAGAAGAAGAAGAAAAAGAGUCUCCAGGAAAGCAAAGUACAACAGGAGUUGAGCGACGUCACCGAUCAGAGAGUUUCCUCCCCGUUGGCGAGCAUCCGCACCCCGUCACCCACUUUCAUCAGCAUCGAGUCAAGGAGAGUUGAUUCGCCGCUCAGGGUGACCCCUUCGCCUCCUCCGUACAAGUCAAUUGGCACGCCGCCACCACCUCCUCGCAAGUCCUUCACGCCGACGUCGUCUUUCAGCCGUGCCACACCAUCUCCCACCCUGAGUCGCUCGGAGAAGCUCAUGAAACUUCGCGAUACCACCUCGAAGCUGUCUCACGGCGCGACCCCUCCGCCUCCCAUGCCAGUCCCAGAGUGCUUUGCUGUCGAGAGGGAGCAGCCAUCCCCCUUCAGUGAUAGGGGGACCCCCGUGGAAAGGCAUGAGCAAGGGUUAAUGGAUGUUUCGGAAAUGGGGGACUCCAUGAUGACCGUCAGGGACAAGAAGUCCUUCUUUGAGGAAGCGCAGAAAGCUGAGCUGAACAGGGCGUACUAUCGGAAGGAUCCGAUCGAUAUCCCUGAAAGACUUGGUCCUGAUGCAGAGGAGGGUGCUGAGACUGUUACUAUAGAUCUCUCAAAAGCAGAUCUACCCAGAGUUGACUUGUCCAAGCUGGUCACCAGGUUUGAAUCCCCACAACCUAAGGUCUACUUGAGAAAAGAGCCCAUUGUCAUCACAGAAAGACUCGGGAGCGACACUGAAGAUGUUGAGGCUGAACCGCAAACCCCGAAAAGUGAGGAGGUCCCAACAUUGAACGUCAAAGCCAUAAAGGAUGUGUUUGAGACUGGGGAGCACAGUUCUCAGGCCGCCAGAGAGCUGAGAGAACAAAUAGAAAGAAGGGAACCUGAACCGGCCCCUUCCGAGCCGGCAGGUCAAUCCCAUUCGACAACAGUCACUGAGCAAUUCUGCAGUGUGGACGACUUCGGGAACAUGACAAGAGAGACGAGGAAUGAGGUCCAUUCAGAGAGCUCCCUGACCCGCGGUAACCCCCCAUCAUACGCUGACGUGGUGCGAGGCAAAGUCGCAACGGUCACCAUACCCCCCGAGGCCUCCACCGAGGAGCUGCUGAGAAACUUCCAGCAGUCGUGGGCUGAGAGCGAAGGAGUUUUCCAGAACCUUGGUUUCAGUGUCACAGAGCAGAGGACCUCACAGAUCAUAACACACCAGCAGGAGACUGUCAUGACGGGUAAACCCAGCUGUGCAGCAUGAGGAUACUAAACAACCGUGACGGUGUGUUUAACAGGCUUUGUGUGUGAAUUUAUCGUCACCGUGUGGAAAAAGGCGCAUUAACAUUGCUUUGACUUUGUUAUGAGUGUCACAUGUUUGCUUUGAUGUAUUUUCGCUCCCUUUGAAACCUUCAUACUUACUCACUUUGUCGUCGGUUUCACACAUUUCAAUAUUCACAGGUUACACUUUGUCCUAAUUAUUCAUGCCUCUGAUGUGUGAAACUGGCGGUGAUGCUAACAUACUGAACUAAUAUUUUUCAUGCCCAGGUGUGUUCCUGUUUCAAAGCUCUAAACGGAUUAAAAACAACACACACAUUGGAUUUUCUUUUUGUUGAAAUUGAUCUCGAGUUAAAGAGAAAGCUUUUCUUUUCAUUAUUAUAGGUUCAUCGCACACUUGAGUCACUUUAUUUUGACUAUCACUGAAUCCUCCAGGCGAGCUGAGUUGAAGUGAACUGAUUGUGAUUUUAAUGCUGACACUGUAGUACAUCUUUCUAACAUUUGAAAGGAUCCACAUUGUGUUGAUUUACACUGAUACAGCUCUUUCUCUCCCUUUGAUGUCGUGUGUUUUGUCCUCUGUCGGCAAAAGCGUCUCGUACAUUUUUAAAAUGAUUUUAUAGAAAGCUUCCUAAAAAGAGCGACGCUCAACUCAGUAGUGAUUACAGACAAAAAGAAAACUCUUUUAAGCCUGAUUAAAAGUUAAUCCAAAAUUCAUUCAUUUUAUAUUCUUUUAAGUGAUUAAAACUGGUGACAAAGCUUAAGAAAAUGAAGAGAUAUAUCUGCAUUCAAAGGCUUGAAGUGAGACUCAAAGAUUUAUGGGAGCCUUUUUUGGUUUGGACCCUACAACUGGUUCUAUAUCACAUUUUUUACAUCUAUGAAAUAGUCUGAAAUUCAUAUUAGUGCCUUUUAUCACAUAUAAAAGUAAACAAGACCACAAAGAUAAGAUUUAUAUGUUUUAUGCUGUAAUGUUUAAAGCUUAAAACCGGCGUAUGGGGGUAGGUGUCAGCCAAGCAGCUGAGGAAACAUCCCUGUUUUUACUUUUCACACAUUAAAUAUUUGGAAUAAGUUAUAAUAUCUCCGUUAUGAAUCAGCAGGAUGAAUUUUUGCGAGAAGACAGGAAAAUGUAUUGCAUCUUUGCAGGAGUUAGAUGCCAGGACGCUAAAGGGAAAACCGCCUGAGGUUACAAUGGCAAUUAACUGGAAAGUUUACGAACUGGACGAUUAUUUUCAUUGCAAGUUCUGCAGAAGUGCAUGGUGAUUUUUCCAGUUAAUAUACUCGGAGACAAGAGGGAUAUUUUAAACCUUUAAUUGUGAGAGUUUUUUUUUCUUUUUCUUUUCGCAGAGAAUUCGAGUUCCAGAGUCCGAACUGUGCAGGGUGUGUCGGAAGAGGGUGUACCCCAUGGAGUCUCUGAUUGCAGACAAACAAAACUUCCAUAAAAGCUGCUUUCGCUGUGAGCACUGCAGAGGCAAACUAAGGUGAGUAAAUAUCACGCUGCGUCAGUAUUUGUUUGAUUUGUCUCUGCACCUCUCCAACCUCUAUUUUCUCUUCUUUUUUUUUCACAGUCUUGGCAACUACGCCUCUCUCCAUGGACGAAUGUACUGCAAGCCACACUACAAGCAACUGUUCAAGUCCAAAGGAAAUUAUGAUGAGGGAUUUGGGCAAAAACCACACAAAGAACUUUGGAGUAGUAAGAAUCAGGAGAAUUCAAGUGAGAAAACAAGAGUCAAAUCACCAACACCUGAGAGGAAAAUCACGGAUUCAAGAGCUCAGAGCGCGUUAGUCACUCAGGAUCAUAAUAAGAUAAACGAGGAAAGCAAAAAGGCAGCAAGCAAGAUUUCAGUUGUUUGGCCUCCUCAGUCAGACUCUCCAAAGAAACCCUUCGUGAUAGAGGAGGAGCUGAAGUUGGUUAAGCUAUCAUGGCCCCCAAAGGAGGGCUCAGCUCAGGAAAAUGAAGACCUAAAUCAGCCGUUGAGGCCCUCAUUAAAAGAGACUAAUAUCCCCGCUGCUGGAGUGCAAAACGGACCCCAGGAAGAUGCCAAGGUGCAAGAGGGUAACAGUUUAACAGAGCAUGAGGUAAGGCCUGUGGAGACUCCAGCAGAGUCAACGGCUCCAGCGAGUGUUUCUCACUCUCAAGAAACUAGAGAUUCAAACAGCGACAGUAAGACUGCGACACAAGCGGGCGCAGAAAUGGACUCUAAAGCACAACCUGAAGUAGUUGAAGAAGAACAAAGCGGAAAGAUUGAUGCUGUGGAAAAUAUGCAAGCGGCGGAUGAGAGUGGAGAAAGAGUGGAGGAUGUGAAAGUAAAUGGACAUGAUGGGCAGAUGGAGGGAGGAGGUGAGAAAGAAAGCCAGGAGGAGAAGGAUAAAGGGAGAAAUGACGGCAUGAACAAUGGGGAGGCGGUAAAGGUCACGCUAAUAGAUGAGGAGGCGAUUGCGGGACAGGCGCUGAAUGCUAACUCCAACAAUAAUAACAGUAAUAGCCAGAAACUGCUUGACCAUGAAGUCCCCUUUGAGGGGCUGACAGAAGCGGAGGGAGAGAAACAUCAGUCACUCUUUCUGUCAGGCACAGCAACAGAUACAGAUUUCUUCCCGGCUGAUCUCUGCGAGGAAUCAAAAUGGAUGCCAAGUGAAGUGCUGCGACUGGCACAGAGGGAUGACGCCUUUGUGCCAGCGGGUGCCAAACACGACGAAGCCACAGACCCCUUUUAUUCAGACACAAAUUUCUUCUCAGACACAGCCGAGGGAGCGCUCACUCUUCAAAAUGAGGCCACCGAGCAGCCAAAGAUUAGCACAACAAGCUUCCUCGAGGAUAUCUUCGCCGGCCUGAGCGCCAGCGGCUCCGACCUGCUAUCUGAUUUCCAAUCCGACAUCUUCGCUCAAUCUGACGCAGAGGCAGCGCCACAGCCACAGCCGCGGGUGUCGGCGCUGGAUGACCUUUUGGAUUUUGGGAUGGGAGCGAGCGGGAAGGAUGAAAUGAAAACAACAAACGGCGCAGGAAAGGACGGCACUUUUUCUCUGUGGGGAGACGAGGAUGAAGCUCUGACAGUGGAGGAGCAGAUCAAGAGGAACAGAUACUAUGAUGAGGAUGACAGUGACAACUCUUGAAUUCAGCCUGUUCAGCUAAUAUCAAUCUCACAUCUAUGUCCAUGGAGAGAUGAACUGCUCGGGUGUUUUUCUUUUUUUACUGAGUUUGAAAGAUAUACUUCUGCUCUUUUAUUCAAUAUUUAGCUUUGUUUGAUGCUGAUGGUAUGCACCUGGUGUGCAAUGAAACAGGAAGUGAAUAUUUUUUCUUGCAUCUACAUCUAUAUUUUUGCUGAAUCAUCUUACAAGGGCUACAGUGGAGUACUCAGGAAGGGGUAAGGGUGGUAGACUGCAUGACUGCCCUUUAUAGUGCCUUAAAGCACAUAGAACAUUGAAAGAUGCCCUCUGUGGUUCAUGUCAAAAAGGACCCUCUGAAUGCCCUACCAUUGAAUUUAAACAAAGUCUCCUCUGGAUGCCUUAGAUUAUGUAAAAACUGCCCUCUUGAUGCCUUUCAAGGGGAUAAAAUGUAAACAAAGUCCUCUGGAUGCCCUAGAUUAUGUAAAAACUGCCCUCUUGAUGCCUUUCAAGGGGAUUCAAUGUAAACAAAGUCCUCUGGAUGCUCUAGAUUAUGUAAAAACUGCCCUCUUGAUGCCUUUCUAGGAAAUAAAAUGUAACAAAGUCUCCUCUGGAAGCUCUUCCAGUGGGUAAUAUGCAAAAAAUACUACCUGGAUGCCCUUCCAAUGGAAAAAAAUGUAAACCAAGUGACCUCUGUAUGCCUUACUAGUGGGUAAUGUGUAAUUAAAUUAACCUUAAGAUGCCUUUAAGGAGGAUAAAGAGUAAACAAGCUGCCUGCUGGAUGCCCGAUUUAACGCGAACAAAUUGUCCUUUAUAUGCCUUAAAUUGUGUUUAAAAAGUGCCUCUUGGCUGUUCUUCCAGUAGAUCAAAUGUAAACAAAGUCCCCACAGGAUGCCCUUCCAGUGGUGUAUAUGUAGACAAAGUGCCUUCUGUAUUCCCUUCAGUGGAUCAAUGUAAACAAAGUCCCUUCUUGAAGCCCCUUUUGUGGAAAAAAAAUCCAAUAACAGCUCUCUCUGGAUGCCCUUCCAGUAUAAAAUCAAGCACAAAGUGUCCUUUGGUUUCCUUGUUGUUGACUUAUCUGUAAACAAAGUGCCCUCUGGUUGCCUUCAGUAGAUAAUACAUAGACUAAAUGCCCUUUGGAUGGGUUUCAUUGGAUAAAAUCCAGACUAUGUGCCCCCUGGAUGCCCUGUAAUUGGAUUAAAUGUGAUUAACUACCUUUCUUCUAUGUCCUCUGUUGUUAUGCAAGGUUUGUUCCUGAAGAAUAAUACUAGAAUCCUCUAGCAGCAGGAUCCCUUUUAGUUUAUGUCACCCCUGCCCCUCACACAGCCUGAGUACGCCACUGAUUUGCAAUUUGUGUUUCUCUUUGAUUGGAUGCCUGCCAGCUCUCUUUUGUGUCUGAAUAAAGAAGUUUUUCCAUUUCUUUUUGUGUCUUCUGUUUGAAAUAAAGCUCCUUUAACUCAACAGAUUAUGACUAUUUAAUCGGUAGUGCGCAAACACAUGGGUGCGGCGGUGACACUCGGCUGUGUCCCCUUUAUACGGCAGGCUUGUGUGAUCUAUGGCCUACCUAAAGAACACAGUCCAGCUGAGAUCUCUUUGGCGAAAGGGGUAUUGAUUUUCACUGAUAGAGCACGCCUGUUGUAGGAGUUACAGAUUUUUCCAUUAGGUGGCUUUUGUCACCUCUGACAGAUUUUUCUCCCCUCUCCUCACUUACAGCGUGAACUCGUUGGGUAAUUGGCUGCAGAGAGAAUAUACUGCAAUGUUAAUUACACCAGCAAAGAAAAAUGUAUGUUAUUGUCAGAGAAGUGAUGGCUCUACAUAUUCAGUGUGGGUCAUCAUGCUACAUUGUGCUGACAGUUUCUGGUUCAAUAAUUCAGCAUCCUUUCCUGAAAUGCUGUUUGGCAUCUUUUUUAAUUGGGCCAUUCUUUUUCCAGUAACGUUUUCAUUGACAGCCCAAAGAAGGUGUAAUUUUCUACAUUUUGUACCAUCCCUUUAUCCCUGCUGCCAAGUAAUUAUAAACCCAAACAUCUGCCCAUCCAGUUGGAAAGAAUAGAUAACAGAUAAUAAAGCUGCACAAUAUACUGUGAAGUCGUAAAGACCAGUAAAAUGGUGCCACAUUUUCAAACAAACACUAAUUUUUCUGUAAUUAACUAUAGUUUUCUGUCUGUUUUUACAGGUUCACGGUCCUGAUUGGCCUUGCGCCUGAUAGAGGAGGUUAAAGGACCAGUCCACAAUUUUUUCAAGUCAGUCAAAAAAUACACUUAUUCCUUCCUCAUAUGUGUAAAGACUCACUAAAUUCAGAGUAAGGUUGCUGAAACGAGUUUUUAAUACGCUGCUGGAAUUUGACAGCUCCUUUAUGACACAUUAGAAAAGAGAAGGUCGCUUAACUGUUUCAAACUGUGCACCCAUAAACACAGCAUUUCUUGUAUGAGAAGUGCUUUAUAAAUAGUUUGAUUUGAUUUGAUUAAAUAGUUCUUAAUGCCUACAAGUGUUCUUCUAGACCGUAUCAGCCAAAACAAGAUACCUUACAGGCCGAAUUCUGAUAUAUCGAAUGGGACGGGCCAUACAAUAUAUGAACGCAAUCUGAAGUAGAUUACAUACCGUGUUCUGAAAUGGGGUUCAAGACGGUCGCAAUAUUGAAAAUGCAGACUCAGGCUGUGUCCGAAUUGAAUCACUCAGUCCCUAACCCCUAACCUCCAUUUGGGGUUUCACUAAAUAGCUGACUGUUACACUACAUGGCGCAACGUUGUGACGUCACUGCUCAGACUGCCGCGUCUGAAGUUGCGUCUGUUGUUUUCACAUCUCUUGAAUUUUAUGAUGUUGUAUAGAUGUAUUUGGUUUUUUCCAGGAUGUUCGUGAAAUUAAAAAAAAAAUUAUAUAAAAGGCUUUAUAUUUUUGUGCUGAAUAUUGUUUGCUGCGUCAUAUUGUGCACAAGACUAUAUGACGCAGCAAACAAUUGUUU